AUGGCGUCGAGCGCGUCUCCACAGGAUGACGAUGACUCUUUGGAUACUGACGGCUUCCGAGAAGAUCAACUUCUCGAAACCCCCACCCCGGGCGAGUAUUCACCAAAAUCGAAAUGCCUCGAUGGCGAAUAUCCACAUGAUAUGAUCGACCUUGAAGAAGUAACGGCGUUUGAGGACGCCUCGCGUUACUACCAGCACCAAGCGAGCCUUUUUGUCGGGCACAGGAAGAGACUGGCCUCCUCGGAGGACUUAGAUGGUGCAGAUGUGAUAGACCCUACCUCAGAUUUAUUGCCUUCCAAUAGAAUUAAUACAGGAAUUGUUAAAGUAGAUAAGUUAGAUAAGAGACCGGGAGAACUCUCGGUGAGGUGCUUCACUUCUCCCGAAGAGAAGGGAGCGAAAGACUCCAAGAGACCGGAAGACUGGGAACGUAAAGAGGGUAGAACCGUUGAAAGACUGCACGGCGGUGCCGGGAAGGACGGAAUCGUUCCUAGCGAGGAAAAAGUCCAUCUGAAAACCACCCCUGAUAAAGUAACUGUUGACUAUCAAAAAAAGACCGUUGCUGCCACAAGUUGCGCGGCAAAAACUAAAACUGUUAAGAUCAUAACGAAAACUUCCGAUAAAGAUACGACAAUAGAUACUUCCCCUCACACUGACUUAAAUUUACCGUUUAAGGUAGCAGUACCUGAUGAUGAAACUUACCAUAUCCAUCAAGGUACCUCCCCACCAUCCAAACAAGACUUAGAACCCAACCCUGACUCCCCAAUGACUUUGACGGACAAACCCACUCUAGAACUGAUCAUCGGACGUAAAGAAGUGAAGACAAAGGACGCAUCUGCUACUGCCGAGAGCAGAUUAACUUUAUACGGAAGUAAAGACGUUGAAAUAUCUAUUAAGUCGCAAUCGCAUAUUUCAGUUACUACUAUUAGGCGCAAUAUGAAUACUGGUACAGAAACGUCAGAAAAGUUUGACGUCGGUAUAUCUACAACCGCUGGCACUGAUAAGCACGAACCGAUUAUUGCCGAAAACGAACAGGAAACCAAAAAGCGGGAAGAAACCGUCAACUUUAGUGGUACCAAGCAAAUAUACACCUAUGAAACGGACUUAUCUGAAACCAACUUAUCGGGCAGCGAUGGUAGCGCCUCUCACCCAAUAACUGACACUGGAAUUUCCCUUACAAGAGGUACAACCUCAGAAACUGUUAGUGUCAGCAAACUGAUUCAGCUCCAAGGGACUGGAGCUCAAACAACCGGUUUUAUUUCAGAUACAGUUGAAACUGAAGAAGGAGAAUGUACUGAUGCGGGCCUAAGUCCGAUUCAAGCAGACGAAACACUUCAUCAAGACGUCGAUCAAUUAUUGAUCGAAACUGGGACAAGCCCUAUAGAAUUUCCUGAAACGUUAUCCCUGGUAACGUCACACAUAGAUACUUCGGAAGCUGGAACUAUCACUGAUCAAGUAAACACCAAAGAUGCUUCAAAUAGUCCAAUUAAAAUUGAGGAGAGUCCCUCGAUUUCUGCUGAACUUAAAGACGAUGAAAUCUUAGUCAAGAGACGCGGCUCAGGUGAUGUGCGAGCCAAAAUAAAAUUCCUGGAGGAACAAUCUGGUAAAUAUUCAUUUAGAAGCGACCUCAGACGAACAAAACGAGAACUGGUGGACUCUGAAGAUGAGUUCUCCAGCUUAAAAGAAGACGAAGCUAUCAUGAGAGCUUCCACAGAAACCUUGUCCCAAGUAGACGACGAAGACUACAAAAUGGAAUCAAUUAGUGAGCAAAGCGUUAAAGAACACGUUGAAGAUUUUAGUGAAAAGUCACAAUCAUUAUCAGUUAGCAAAAACGUCACUCCUACGCAUAAACACGUUGGCAAGAAAAUUGCUGAGCUUCAGAAGAUUUUCAGGGCAGAAAGUGCUGAUGAGCAACUAAAAGUUGUUCUGAAGGACCGACUACCAUCACCAACCGCAGUAAAACCUGCAGCAAUUGUCGAGCAGGUUGAAAACAAAAUUCAUUUAAUGUCAGCAGAACAAGCUCUACCACCUAAACAAGAACCCGAAGACGAUUCUUCUUAUAAGUCUGUAAAAGAUAAAAGAAGUCUUUUUGAAGAGCUUAUUUCUAAGUCCCAAGAAGGCACUCCGGUGAAGAAACCAACAAAGAAAGUCACCAAAAAAGAGCAAUUCGUAGAGAAAAACUAUAGUGAGCAAGAGUUGGAAAGUUGCCUAAGCUCUUUGGAAGAGCAAGUGAUCCUUGAAAAGGAACGUGAGGUUGAAUUGCAAAAACUGCAAGAAGAAGAGAGAAAAAAGUGGGAGGAAAGAGCACAUGAGUCCACUGAGCCAGUUGUAGAGCCAGAAUGCGUCAAAGUGCACGUCGAACCUAAAAAAGAAUCCAUUGUAGAGGAAGCAAUAACACCUCGUAAGAGCCUCGUAUCAGAGCUUCGACACCUGUUUGAGGAUCAAACAAAAAUUAUGGAAUCCGUCAGUAGUAAAUCCCUAGAAGUUGUCGAAGAACCUUGCCUAAAAGAGAUGAUUUCUCCCUGUGUAACUACUGAUGAAGCAGAUGAAAAUCUUAGACUUCCAGAUGAAAUUAAAGAAGUUGAGUUUCCUGAAAUAAUAAAAGAGGCCUUGGUUUCACAUGCCAAACUGGUUUCAACCAUCGCGCUACCGUGCAACAUAGUCGAAUCCGCAGAUAUUGAACUUGUUAUUAAGCCCAAACAAGGGAAAGUUUCCCCAAAAAAACCAUCUCCUAAUUCACUUGAUUUGACUGCUGAUAAAAAGAUACAAGAAAGUGACGUACAAAAGAUUAUGAGUGAAGUGCUGGAAGCUUCAAAGCAGAUAAGACAAGAGGUAAAAGAGCUAAAACCAGAUCUGACUCCGACUCCGGAAGGUCAGCUGAUUGUGAUGAUACCAUCUGCGUCCAUAGAACGAAUAAAAGAACUGAAACGGAUUGAGGAGGAGAUUAAGUCAGAGAAGGUUUUUGACGAGACCAGUGGGGUGAAAAUUAAGAAGGAGCUGCAAAAUGUCAAAGAGGCCCAACAGAGAACUAAAGAGCUAAUACUAAAAGAGCAAAAUGUUUAUCAAGAGGACCAGUUUGUGCCACUAGAAAAGGAGAUCUGUCCUACGUUCACUAAGGAGAAACCAUAUAAGCAUGUAAUAACAGAUUUCACAAAACACGAAACUCUUCAAACUGAAGAACAAGAUAGAAAACCUCGACUUUCAAAACUAUACAUAGUCGAAGAAUGUUCAACGGUUGAGCAAAUAAUGAAACAGGAAAUCAUACAAAUUUCUGAAAAAGUCCCGCCCUUAAUUGAAAGUAAUAUCGCUGCGUCCUCAGAACCUACCAUCCUGAGAAAAUCUUCUGAACUUACUUAUGUUAACGAAUUUCCAAUAGCCAAAGAGGUUAAGGAAACUCGGAAGCAAAAUGUAUAUAGAUCUCUAGAGCCUACUCCCAUCGAUAAGGUCAUUGAUAUAAAAGAAGUUCCCAAGAGUCCUGUACCUAAAUCUUCAAAGCAUACUCCCAUUGAAAAGUUCAUUAAUGUAAAAGAUGUUCCCAAGAGUCCUGUAUCUAUAUCUCCAGAGCCUACUCUCAUCGAUAAGGUCAUUGAUGUUAAAGAUGUUCUCAAGAGUCCUGUAUUUAAAUCUCCAGAGCCUACUCCCAUUGAAAAGGUCAUUGAUGUUAAAGAUGUUCCCAAGAGUCCUGUAUCUAAAUCUCUAGAGCCUACUCCCAUUGAAAAGGUCAUUGAUGUUAAAGAUGUUCCCAAGAGUCCUGUAUCUAAAUCUCUAGAGCCUACUCCCAUUGAAAAGGUCAUUGAUGUUAAAGAUGUUCCCAAGAGUCCUGUAUCUAAAUCUCCAGAGCCUACUCCCAUUAAAAAGGUCAUUGAUGUUAAAGAUGUUCCCAAGAGUCCUGUAUCUAAAUCUCCAGAGCCUACUCCCAUUGAAAAGGUCAUUGAUGUUAAAGAUGUUUCCAAGAGUCCUGUAUCUAAAUCUCCAGAGCCUACUCCCAUUGAAAAGGUCAUUGAUGUUAAAGAUGUUCCCAAGAGUCCUGUAUCUAAAUCUCCAGAGCCUACUUCCAUUCAAAAGGUCACUGAUGUUAAAGAUAUUCCCAAGAGUCCUGUAUCUAAAUCUCCAGAGCCUACACCUAUCGAUAAGGUCAUUGAUUUAAAGGAUGUUCCCAAGAGUCCUGUAUCUAAAUCUCCAGAGCCUACUUCCAUUCAAAAGGUCAUUGAUGUUAAAGAUAUUCCCAAGAGUCCUGUAUCUAAAUCUCCAGAGCCUACACCUAUCGAUAAGGUCAUUGAUUUAAAGGAUGUUCCCAAGAGUCCUGUAUCUAAAUCUCCAGAGCCUACUUCCAUUCAAAAGGUCAUUGAUGUUAAAGAUAUUCCCAAGAGUCCUGUAUCUAAAUCUCCAGAGCCUACACCUAUCGAUAAGGUCAUUGAUUUAAAGGAUGUUCCCAAGAGUCCUGUAUCUAAAUCUCCAGAGCCUACUUCCAUUCAAAAGGUCAUUGAUGUUAAAGAUAUUCCCAAGAGUCCUGUAUCUAAAUCUCCAGAGCCUACACCUAUCGAUAAGGUCAUUGAUUUAAAGGAUGUUUCCAAGAGUCCUGUAUCUAAAUCUCCAGAGCCUACUUCCAUUCAAAAGGUCAUUGAUGUUAAAGAUAUUCCCAAGAGUCCUGUAUCUAAAUCUCCAGAGCCUACACCUAUCGAUAAGGUCAUUGAUUUAAAGGAUGUUCCCAAGAGUCCUGUAUCUAAAUCUCUAGAGCCUACUCCCAUUGAAAAGGUCAUUGAUGUUAAAGAUGUUCCCAAGAGUCCUGUAUCUAAAUCUCCAGAGCCUACUUCCAUUCAAAAGGUCAUUGAUGUUAAAGAUAUUCCCAAGAGUCCUGUAUCUAAAUCUCCAGAGCCUACACCUAUCGAUAAGGUCAUUGAUUUAAAGGAUGUUCCCAAGAGUCCUGUAUCUAAAUCUCCAGAGCCUACUUCCAUUCAAAAGGUCAUUGAUGUUAAAGAUAUUCCCAAGAGUCCUGUAUCUAAAUCUCCAGAGCCUACACCUAUCGAUAAGGUCAUUGAUUUAAAGGAUGUUUCCAAGAGUCCUGUAUCUAAAUCUCCAGAGCCUACUUCCAUUCAAAAGGUCAUCGAUGUUAAAGAUAUUCCCAAGAGUCCUGUAUCUAAAUCUCCAGAGCCUACACCUAUCGAUAAGGUCAUUGAUUUAAAGGAUGUUCCCAAGAGUCCUGUAUCUAAAUCUCUAGAGCCUACUCCCAUUGAAAAGGUCAUUGAUGUUAAAGAUGUUCCCAAGAGUCCUGUAUCUAAAUCUCCAGAGCCUACACCUAUCGAUAAGGUCAUUGAUUUAAAGGAUGUUCCCAAGAGUCCUGUAUCUAAAUCUCUAGAGCCUACUCCCAUUGAAAAGGUCAUUGAUGUUAAAGAUGUUCCCAAGAGUCCUGUAUCUAAAUCUCCAGAGCCUACACCUAUCGAUAAGGUCAUUGAUUUAAAGGAUGUUCCCAAGAGUCCUGUAUCUAAAUCUCCAGAGCCUACUUCCAUUCAAAAGGUCAUUGAUGUUAAAGAUAUUCCCAAGAGUCCUGUAUCUAAAUCUCCAGAGCCUACACCUAUCGAUAAGGUCAUUGAUUUAAAGGAUGUUCCCAAGAGUCCUGUAUCUAAAUCUCUAGAGCCUACUCCCAUUGAAAAGGUCAUUGAUGUUAAAGAUGUUCCCAAGAGUCCUGUAUCUAAAUCUCCAGAGCCUACACCUAUCGAUAAGGUCAUUGAUUUAAAGAAUGUUCCCAAGAGUCCUGUAUCUAAAUCUCCAGAGCCUACUCCCAUUGAAAAGGUCAUUGAUGUUAAAGAUGUUCCCAAGAGUCCUGUAUCUAAAUCUCCAGAGCCUACACCUAUCGAUAAGGUCAUUGAUUUAAAGGAUGUUCCCAAGAGUCCUGUAUCUAAAUCUCUAGAGCCUACUCCCAUUGAAAAGGUCAUUGAUGUUAAAGAUGUUCCCAAGAGUCCUGUAUCUAAAUCUCCAGAGCCUACACCUAUCGAUAAGGUCAUUGAUUUAAAGGAUGUUCCCAAGAGUCCUGUAUCUAAAUCUCCAGAGCCUACUCCCAUUGAAAAGGUCAUUGAUGUUAAAGAUGUUCCCAAGAGUCCUGUAUCUAAAUCUCCAGAGCCUACACCUAUCGAUAAGGUCAUUGAUUUAAAGGAUGUUCCCAAGAGUCCUGUAUCUAAAUCUCCAGAGCCUACUUCCAUUCAAAAGGUCAUUGAUGUUAAAGAUAUUCCCAAGAGUCCUGUAUCUAAAUCUCCAGAGCCUACACCUAUCGAUAAGGUCAUUGAUUUAAAGGACGUUCCCAAGAGUCCUGUAUCUAAAUCUCCAGAGCCUACUUCCAUUCAAAAGGUCAUUGAUGUUAAAGAUAUUCCCAAGAGUCCUGUAUCUAAAUCUCCAGAGCCUACACCUAUCGAUAAGGUCAUUGAUUUAAAGGAUGUUCCCAAGAGUCCUGUAUCUAAAUCUCCAGAGCCUACACCUAUCGAUAAGGUCAUUGAUUUAAAGGAUGUUCCCAAGAGUCCUGUAUCUAAAUCUCUAGAGCCUACUCCCAUUGAAAAGGUCAUUGAUGUUAAAGAUGUUCCCAAGAGUCCUGUAUCUAAAUCUCCAGAGCCUACACCUAUCGAUAAGGUCAUUAAUUUAAAGGAUGUUCCCAAGAGUCCUGUAUCUAAAUCUCUAGAGCCUACUCCCAUUGAAAAGGUCAUUGAUGUUAAAGAUGUUCCCAAGAGUCCUGUAUCUAAAUCUCCAGAGCCUACACCUAUCGAUAAGGUCAUUGAUUUAAAGGAUGUUCCCAAGAGUCCUGUAUCUAAAUCUCCAGAGCCUACUUCCAUUCAAAAGGUCAUUGAUGUUAAAGAUAUUCCCAAGAGUCCUGUAUCUAAAUCUCCAGAGCCUACACCUAUCGAUAAGGUCAUUGAUUUAAAGGAUGUUCCCAAGAGUCCUGUAUCUAAAUCUCUAGAGCCUACUCCCAUUGAAAAGGUCAUUGAUGUUAAAGAUGUUCCCAAGAGUCCUGUAUCUAAAUCUCCAGAGCCUACACCUAUCGAUAAGGUCAUUGAUUUAAAGAAUGUUCCCAAGAGUCCUGUAUCUAAAUCUCCAGAGCCUACUCCCAUUGAAAAGGUCAUUGAUGUUAAAGAUGUUCCCAAGAGUCCUGUAUCUAAAUCUCCAGAGCCUACACCUAUCGAUAAGGUCAUUGAUUUAAAGGAUGUUCCCAAGAGUCCUGUAUCUAAAUCUCCAGAGCCUACUCCCAUUGAAAAUGUCAUUGAUGUUAAAGAUGUUCCCAAGAGUCCUGUAUCUAAAUCUCCAGAGCCUACACCUAUCGAUAAGGUCAUUGAUUUAAAGGAUGUUCCCAAGAGUCCUGUAUCUAAAUCUCCAGAGCCUACUUCCAUUCAAAAGGUCAUUGAUGUUAAAGAUAUUCCCAAGAGUCCUGUAUCUAAAUCUCCAGAGCCUACACCUAUCGAUAAGGUCAUUGAUUUAAAGGACGUUCCCAAGAGUCCUGUAUCUAAAUCUCCAGAGCCUACUUCCAUUCAAAAGGUCAUUGAUGUUAAAGAUAUUCCCAAGAGUCCUGUAUCUAAAUCUCCAGAGCCUACACCUAUCGAUAAGGUCAUUGAUUUAAAGGACGUUCCCAAGAGUCUUGUAUCUAAAUCUCUAGAGCCUACUCCCAUUGAAAAGGUCAUUGAUGUUAAAGAUGUUCCCAAGAGUCCUGUAUCUAAAUCUCCAGAGCCUACACCUAUCGAUAAGGUCAUUGAUUUAAAGGAUGUUCCCAAGAGUCCUGUAUCUAAAUCUCUAGAGCCUACUCCCAUUGAAAAGGUCAUUGAUGUUAAAGAUGUUCCCAAGAGUCCUGUAUCUAAAUCUCCAGAGCCUACACCUAUCGAUAAGGUCAUUGAUUUAAAGGAUGUUCCCAAGAGUCCUGUAUCUAAAUCUCCAGAGCCUACUCCCAUUGAAAAUGUCAUUGAUGUUAAAGAUGUUCCCAAGAGUCCUGUAUCUAAAUCUCCAGAGCCUACACCUAUCGAUAAGGUCAUUGAUUUAAAGGAUGUUCCCAAGAGUCCUGUAUCUAAAUCUCCAGAGCCUACUUCCAUUCAAAAGGUCAUUGAUGUUAAAGAUAUUCCCAAGAGUCCUGUAUCUAAAUCUCCAGAGCCUACACCUAUCGAUAAGGUCAUUGAUUUAAAGGACGUUCCCAAGAGUCCUGUAUCUAAAUCUCCAGAGCCUACUUCCAUUCAAAAGGUCAUUGAUGUUAAAGAUAUUCCCAAGAGUCCUGUAUCUAAAUCUCCAGAGCCUACACCUAUCGAUAAGGUCAUUGAUUUAAAGGAUGUUCCCAAGAGUCCUGUAUCUAAAUCUCCAGAGCCUACACCUAUCGAUAAGGUCAUUGAUUUAAAGGAUGUUCCCAAGAGUCCUGUAUCUAAAUCUCUAGAGCCUACUCCCAUUGAAAAGGUCAUUGAUGUUAAAGAUGUUCCCAAGAGUCCUGUAUCUAAAUCUCCAGAGCCUACACCUAUCGAUAAGGUCAUUGAUUUAAAGGAUGUUCCCAAGAGUCCUGUAUCUAAAUCUCCAGAGCCUACUCCCAUUGAAAAGGUCAUUGAUGUUAAAGAUGUUCCCAAGAGUCCUGUAUCUAAAUCUCCAGAGCCUACACCUAUCGAUAAGGUCAUUGAUUUAAAGGAUGUUCCCAAGAGUCCUGUAUCUAAAUCUCCAGAGCCUACACCUAUCGAUAAGGUCAUUGAUGUUAAAGAUGUUCCCAAGAGUCCUGUAUCUAAAUCUCCAGAGCCUACACCUAUCGAUAAGGUCAUUGAUUUAAAGAAUGUUCCCAAGAGUCCUGUAUCUAAAUCUCUAGAGCCUACUCCCAUUGAAAAGGUCAUUGAUGUUAAAGAUGUUCCCAAGAGUCCUGUAUCUAAAUCUCCAGAGCCUACACCUAUCGAUAAGGUCAUUGAUUUAAAGGAUGUUCCCAAGAGUCCUGUAUCUAAAUCUCCAGAGCCUACACCUAUCGAUAAGGUCAUUGAUGUUAAAGAUGUUCCCAAGAGUCCUGUAUCUAAAUCUCCAGAGCCUACACCUAUCGAUAAGGUCAUUGAUUUAAAGAAUGUUCCCAAGAGUCCUGUAUCUAAAUCUCUAGAGCCUACUCCUAUUGAAAAGGUCAUUGAUGUUAAAGAUGUUCCCAAGAGUCCUGUAUCUAAAUCUCCAGAGCCUACACCUAUCGAUAAGGUCAUUGAUUUAAAGGAUGUUCCCAAGAGUCCUGUAUCUAAAUCUCCAGAGCCUACACCUAUCGAUAAGGUCAUUGAUUUAAAGGAUGUUCCCAAGAGUCCUGUAUCAAAAUCUCUAGAGCCUACUCCCAUUGAAAAGGUCAUUGAUGUUAAAGAUGUUCCCAAGAGUCCUGUAUUUGAAUCUCCAGAGCCUACUCCCAUUGAAAAGGUCAUUGAUGUUAAAGAUGUUCGCAAGAGUCCUGUAUCUAAAUCUCCAGAGCCCACUCCCAUUGAAAAGGUCAUUGAUAUAAAAGAUGUUCCCAAGAGUCCUGUAUCUAAAUCUCCAGAGCCUACACCUAUCGAUAAGGUCAUUGAUUUGAAGGAUGUUCCCAAGAGUCCUAUAUCUAAAUCUCCAGAGCCUACUCCCAUUGAAAAGGUCAUUGAUGUUAAAGAUGUUCCCAAGAGUCCUGUAUCUAAAUCUCCAGAGCCUACUCCCAUUGAAAAGGUCAUUAAUGUUAAAGAUGUUUCCAAGAGUCCUGUAUCUAAAUCUCCAGAGCCUACACCUAUCGAUAAGGUCAUUGAUUUGAAGGAUGUUCCCAAGAGUCCUAUAUCUAAAUCUCCAGAGCCUACUCCCAUUGAAAAGGUCAUUGAUGUUAAAGAUGUUCCCAAGAGUCCUGUAUCUAAAUCUCCAGAGCCUACUCCCAUUGAAAAGGUCAUUGAUGUUAAAGAUGUUCCCAAGAGUCCUGUAUCUAAAUCUCCAGAGCCUACUCCCAUUGAAAAGGUCAUUGAUGUUAAAGAUGUUCCCAAGAGUCCUGUAUCUAAAUCUCCAGAGCCUACUCCCAUUGAAAAGGUCAUUGAUAUAAAAGAUGUUCCCAAGAGUCCUGUAUCUAAAUCUCCAGAGCCUGCUCCCAUUGAAAAGGUCAUUGAUGUUAAAGAUGUUCCCAAGAGUCCUGUAUCUAAAUCUCCAGAGCCUACACCUAUCGAUAAGGUCAUUGAUUUAAAGGAUGUUCCUAAGAGUCCUGUAUCUAAAUCUCCAGAGCCUGCUCCCAUUGAAAAGGUCAUUGAUAUAAAAGAUGUUCCCAAGAGUCCUGUAUCUAAAUCUCCAGAGCCUGCUCCCAUUGAAAAGGUCAUUGAUAUAAAAGAUGUUCCCAAGAGUCCUGUAUCUAAAUCUCCAGAGCCUGCUCCCAUUGAAAAGGUCCUUGAUAUAAAAGAUGCUCCCAAGAGUUCUGUAUCUAAAUCUCCAGAGCCUACUCCCAUUGAAAAGGUCAUUGAUAUAAAAGAUGUUCCCAAGAGUCCUGUAUCUAAAUCUCCAGAGCCUACUCCCAUCGAUAAGGUCAUUGAUGUUAAAGAUGUUCCCAAGAGUCCUGUAUCUAAAUCUUCAGAGCCUACUCCCAUUGAAAUGGUCAUUGAUGUUAAAGAUGUUUCCAAGAGUCCUGUAUCUAAAUCUCCAGAGCCUACUCCCAUCGAUAAGGUCAUUGAUGUUAAAGAUGUCCCCAAGAGUCCUGUAUCUAAAUCUCCAGAGCCUACACCUAUCGAUAAGGUCAUUGAUUUAAAGGAUGUUCCUAAGAGUCCUGUAUCUAAAUCUCCAGAGCCUGCUCCCAUUGAAAAGGUCAUUGAUAUAAAAGAUGUUCCCAAGAGUCCUGUAUCUAAAUCUCCAGAGCCUGCUCCCAUUGAAAAGGUCCUUGAUAUAAAACAUGCUCCCAAGAGUUCUGUAUCUAAAUCUCCAGAGCCUGCUCCCAUUGAAAAGGUCAUUGAUAUAAAAGAUGUUCCCAAGAGUCCUGUAUCUAAAUCUCCAGAGCCUACUCCCAUUGAAGAGGUCAUUGAUAUAAAAGAUGUUCCCAAGAGUCCUGUAUCUAAAUCUCCAGAGCCUACACCUAUCGAUAAGGUCAUUGAUUUAAAGGAUGUUCCUAAGAGUCCUGUAUCUAAAUCUCCAGAGCCUGCUCCCAUUGAAAAGGUCAUUGAUAUAAAAGAUGUUCCCAAGAGUCCUGUAUCUAAAUCUCCAGAGCCUACACCUAUCGAUAAGGUCAUUGAUUUAAAGGAUGUUCCUAAGAGUCCUGUAUCUAAAUCUCCAGAGCCUGCUCCCAUUGAAAAGGUCAUUGAUAUAAAAGAUGUUCCCAAGAGUCCUGUAUCUAAAUCUCCAGAGCCUACACCUAUCGAUAAAAUCAUUGAUUUAAAGGAUGUUCCUAAGAGUCCUGUAUCUAAAUCUCCAGUGCCCACUCCCAUUGAAAAGGUCAUUGAUGUUAAAGAUGUUCCCAAAAGUCCUGUAUCUAAAUCUCCAGAGCCUACACCUAUCGAUAAGGUCAUUGAUUUAAAGGAUGUUCCUAAGAGUCCUGUAUCUAAAUCUCCAGAGCCUACACCUAUCGAUAAGGUCAUUGAUUUAAAGGAUGUUCCUAAGAGUCCUGUAUCUAAAUCUCCAGAGCCUGCUCCCAUUGAAAAGGUCAUUGAUAUAAAAGAUGUUCCCAAGAGUCCUGUAUCUAAAUCUCCAGAGCCUACUCCCAUUGAACUGGUCAUUGAUGUUAAAGAUGUUCCCAAGAGUCCUGUAUCUAAAUCUCCAGAGCCUGCUCCCAUUGAAAAGGUCCUUGAUAUAAAAGAUGCUCCCAAGAGUUCUGUAUCUAAAUCUCCAGAGCCUACUCCCAUUGAAAUGGUCAUUGAUGUUAAAGAUGUUUCCAAGAGUCCUGUAUCUAAAUCUCCAGAGCCUACUCCCAUCGAUAAGGUCAUUGAUGUUAAAGAUGUUCCCAAGAGUCCUGUAUCUAAAUCUUCAGAGCCUACUCCUAUUGAAAUGGUCAUUGAUGUUAAAGAUGUUUCCAAGAGUCCUGUAUCUAAAUCUCCAGAGCCUACUCCCAUUGAAAUGGUCAUUGAUAUAAAAGAUGUUGCCAAGAGUCCUGUAUCUAAAUCUCCAGAGCCUACUCCCAUUGAACUGGUUAUUGAUGUUAAAGAUGUUCCCAAGAGUCCUGUCUCUAAAUCUCCAGAGCCUACUCCCAUUGAAAAGGUCAUUGAUGUUAAAGAUGUUCCCAAGAGUCCUGUAUCUAAAUCUCCAGAGCCUACUCCCAUUGAAAAGGUCAUUGAUGUUAAAGAUGUUCUCAAGAGUCCUGUAUCUAAAUCUCCAGAGCCUACUCCCAUUGAAAAGGUCAUUGAUGUUAAAGAUGUUUCCAAAAGUCCUGUAUCUAAAUCUCCAGAGCCUACUCCCAUUGAAAAGGUCAUUGAUGUUAAAGAUGUUCUCAAGAGUCCUGUAUCUAAAUCUCCAGAGCCUACUCCCAUUGAAAAGGUCAUUGAUGUUAAAGAUGUUUCCAAGAGUCCUGUCUCUAAAUCUCCAGAGCCUACACCUAUCGAUAAGGUCAUUGAUUUAAAGGAUGUUCCUAAGAGUCCUGUAUCUAAAUCUCCAGAGCCUGCUCCCAUUGAAAAGGUCAUUGAUAUAAAAGAUGUUCCCAAGAGUCCUGUAUCUAAAUCUCCAGUGCCCACUCCCAUUGAAAAGGUCAUUGAUGUUAAAGAUGUUCCCAAGAGUCCUGUAUCUAAAUCUCCAGAGCCUACACCUAUCGAUAAGGUCAUUGAUUUAAAGGAUGUUCCUAAGAGUCCUGUAUCUAAAUCUCCAGAGCCUGCUCCCAUUGAAAAGGUCAUUGAUAUAAAAGAUGUUCCCAAGAGUCCUGUAUCUAAAUCUCCAGAGCCUGCUCCCAUUGAAAAGGUCAUUGAUAUAAAAGAUGUUCCCAAGAGUUCUGUAUCUAAAUCUCCAGAGCCUGCUCCCAUUGAAAAGGUAAUUGAUGUUAAAGAUGUUCCCAAGAGUCCUGUAUCUAAAUCUCCAGAGCCUACACCUAUCGAUAAGGUCAUUGAUUUAAAGGAUGUUCCUAAGAGUCCUGUAUCUAAAUCUCCAGAGCCUGCUCCCAUUGAAAAGGUCAUUGAUAUAAAAGAUGUUCCCAAGAGUCCUGUAUCUAAAUCUCCAGAGCCUGCUCCCAUUGAAAAGGUCAUUGAUAUAAAAGAUGUUCCCAAGAGUCCUGUAUCUAAAUCUCCAGUGCCCACUCCCAUUGAAAAGGUCAUUGAUGUUAAAGAUGUUCCCAAGAGUCCUGUAUCUAAAUCUCCAGAGCCUACACCUAUCGAUAAGGUCAUUGAUUUAAAGGAUGUUCCUAAGAGUCCUGUAUCUAAAUCUCCAGAGCCUGCUCCCAUUGAAAAGGUCAUUGAUAUAAAAGAUGUUCCCAAGAGUCCUGUAUCUAAAUCUCCAGUGCCCACUCCCAUUGAAAAGGUCAUUGAUGUUAAAGAUGUUCCCAAGAGUCCUGUAUCUAAAUCUCCAGAGCCUACACCUAUCGAUAAGGUCAUUGAUUUAAAGGAUGUUCCUAAGAGUCCUGUAUCUAAAUCUCCAGAGCCUGCUCCCAUUGAAAAGGUCAUUGAUAUAAAAGAUGUUCCCAAGAGUCCUGUAUCUAAAUCUCCAGUGCCCACUCCCAUUGAAAAGGUCAUUGAUGUUAAAGAUGUUCCCAAGAGUCCUGUAUCUAAAUCUCCAGAGCCUACACCUAUCGAUAAGGUCAUUGAUUUAAAGGAUGUUCCUAAGAGUCCUGUAUCUAAAUCUCCAGAGCCUGCUCCCAUUGAAAAGGUCAUUGAUAUAAAAGAUGUUCCCAAGAGUCCUGUAUCUAAAUCUCCAGAGCCUGCUCCCAUUGAAAAGGUCAUUGAUAUAAAAGAUGUUCCCAAGAGUCCUGUAUCUAAAUCUCCAGAGCCUACUCCCAUUGAAAAGGUCAUUGAUGUUAAAGAUGUUCUCAAGAGUCCUGUAUCUAAAUCUCCAGAGCCAACUCCCAUUGAAAAGGUCAUUGAUAUAAAAGAUGUUCCCAAGAGUCCUGUAUCUAAAUCUCCAGAGCCUACUCCCAUUGAAAAGGUCAUUGAUGUUAAAGAUGUUCUCAAGAGUCCUGUAUCUAAAUCUCCAGAGCCUACUCCCAUCGAUAAGGUCAUUGAUGUUAAAGAUGUUUCCAAGAGUCCUGUCUCUAAAUCUCCAGAGCCUACUCCCAUCGAUAAGGUCAUUGAUGCUAAAGAUGUUCCCAAGAGUCCUGUAUCUAAAUCUCCAGAGCCUACUCCCAUUGAAAAGGUCAUUGAUGUUAAAGAUGUUCCCAAGAGUCCUGUAUCUAAAUCUCCAGAGCCAACUCCCAUUGAAAAGGUCAUUGAUAUAAAAGAUGUUCCCAAGAGUCCUGUAUCUAAAUCUCCAGAGCCUACUCCCAUUGAAAAGGUCAUUGAUGUUAAAGAUGUUCUCAAGAGUCCUGUAUCUAAAUCUCCAGAGCCUACUCCCAUCGAUAAGGUCAUUGAUGUUAAAGAUGUUUCCAAGAGUCCUGUCUCUAAAUCUCCAGAGCCUACUCCCAUCGAUAAGGUCAUUGAUGCUAAAGAUGUUCCCAAGAGACCUGUAUCUAAAUCUCCAGAGCCAACUCCCAUUGAAAAGGUCAUUGAUAUAAAAGAUGUUCCCAAGAGUCCUGUAUCUAAAUCUCCAGAGCCUACUCCCAUUGAAAAGGUCAUUGAUGUUAAAGAUGUUCUCAAGAGUCCUGUAUCUAAAUCUCCAGAGCCUACUCCCAUCGAUAAGGUCAUUGAUGUUAAAGAUGUUUCCAAGAGUCCUGUCUCUAAAUCUCCAGAGCCUACUCCCAUCGAUAAGGUCAUUGAUGCUAAAGAUGUUCCCAAGAGUCCUGUAUCUAAAUCUCCAGAGCCUACUCCCAUUGAAAAGGUCAUUGAUGUUAAAGAUGUUCCCAAGAGUCCUGUAUCUAAAUCUCCAGAGCCAACUCCCAUUGAAAAGGUCAUUGAUAUAAAAGAUGUUCCCAAGAGUCCUGUAUCUAAAUCUCCAGAGCCUACUCCCAUUGAAAAGGUCAUUGAUGUUAAAGAUGUUCUCAAGAGUCCUGUAUCUAAAUCUCCAGAGCCUACUCCCAUCGAUAAGGUCAUUGAUGUUAAAGAUGUUUCCAAGAGUCCUGUCUCUAAAUCUCCAGAGCCUACUCCCAUCGAUAAGGUCAUUGAUGCUAAAGAUGUUCCCAAGAGUCCUGUAUCUAAAUCUCCAGAGCCUACUCCCAUUGAAAAGGUCAUUGAUGUUAAAGAUGUUCCCAAGAGUCCUGUAUCUAAAUCUCCAGAGCCAACUCCCAUUGAAAAGGUCAUUGAUAUAAAAGAUGUUCCCAAGAGUCCUGUAUCUAAAUCUCCAGAGCCUGCUCCCAUUGAAAAGGUCAUUGAUAUAAAAGAUGUUCCCAAGAGUCCUGUAUCUAAAUCUCCAGAGCCUACUCCCAUUGAAAAGGUCAUUGAUGUUAAAGAUGUUCUCAAGAGUCCUGUAUCUAAAUCUCCAGAGCCUACUCCCAUUGAAAAGGUCAUUGAUGUUAAAGAUGUUUCCAAGAGUCCUGUAUCUAAAUCUCCAGAGCCUACUCCCAUCGAUAAGGUCAUUGAUGCUAAAGAUGUUCCCAAGAGUCCUGUAUCUAAAUCUCCAGAGCCUACUCCCAUUGAAAAGGUCAUUGAUGUUAAAGAUGUUUCCAAGAGUCCUGUAUCUAAAUCUCCAGAGCCUACUCCCAUUGAAAAGGUCAUUGAUGUUAAAGAUGUUUCCAAGAGUCCUGUCUCUAAAUCUCCAGAGCCUACUCCCAUCGAUAAGGUCAUUGAUGCUAAAGAUGUUCCCAAGAGUCCUGUAUCUAAAUCUCCAGAGCCUACUCCCAUCGAUAAGGUCAUUGAUGUUAAAGAUGUUUCCAAGAGUCCUGUCUCUAAAUCUCCAGAGCCUACUCCCAUCGAUAAGGUCAUUGAUGCUAAAGAUGUUCCCAAAAGUCCUGUAUCUAAAUCUCCAGAGCCUACUCCCAUUGAAAAGGUCAUUGAUGUUAAAGAUGUUCCCAAGAGUCCUGUAUCUAAAUCUCCAGAGCCUACUCCCAUUGAAAAGGUCAUUGAUGUUAAAGAUGUUCCCAAGAGUCCUGUAUCUAAAUCUCCAGAGCCUACUCCCAUUGAAAAGGUCAUUGAUGUUAAAGAUGUUCCCAAGAGUCCUGUAUCUAAAUCUCCAGAGCCUGCUCCCAUUGAAAAGGUCAUUGAUAUAAAAGAUGUUCCCAAGAGUCCUGUAUCUAAAUCUCCAGAGCCUACUCCCACUGAAAAGGUCAUUGAUGUUAAAGAUGUUCCCAAGAGUCCUGUAUCUAAAUCUCCAGAGCCUACUCCCAUUGAAAAGGUCAUUGAUGUUAAAGAUGUUCCUAAGAGUCCUGUAUCUAAAUCUCCAGAGCCUACACCUAUCGAUAAGGUCACUGAUGUUAAAGAUGUUCCCAAGAGUCCUGUAUCUAAAUCUCCAGAGCCUGCUCCCAUUGAAAAGGUCAUUGAUAUAAAAGAUGUUCCCAAGAGUCCUGUAUCUAAAUCUCCAGAGCCCACUCCCAUUGAAAAGGUCAUUGAUGUUAAAGAUGUUCCCAAGAGUCCUGUAUCUAAAUCUCCAGAGCCUACUUCCACUGAAAAGGUCAUUGAUGUUAAAGAUGUUCCCAAGAGUCCUGUAUCUAAAUCUCCAGAGCCUACUCCCAUUGAAAAGGUCAUUGAUAUAAAAGAUGUUCCCAAGAGUCCUGUAUCUAAAUCUUCAGAGCCCACUCCCAUUGAUAAGGUCAUUGAUGUUAAAGAUAUUCCCAAGAGUCCUGUAUCUAAAUCUCCAGAGCCCACUCCCAUUGAAAAGGUCAUUGAUAUAAAAGAUGUCCCCAAGAGUCCUGUAUCUAAAUCUUCAGAGCCUUCUCCCAUUGAAAAGGUCAUUGAUAUAAAAGAUGUCCCCAAGAGUCCUGUAUCUAAAUCUCCAGAGCCCACUCCCAUUGAAAAGGUCAUUGAUAUAAAAGAUGUUCCCAAGAGUCCUGUAUCUAAAUCUUCAGAGCCCACUCCCAUUGAUAAGGUCAUUGAUAUAAAAGAUGUUCCCAAGAGUCCUGUAUCUAAAUCUCCAGAGCCCACUCCCAUUGAAAAGGUCAUUGAUGUUAAAGAUGUUCCCAAGAGUCCUGUAUCUAAAUCUCCAGAGCCUACUUCCACUGAAAAGGUCAUUGAUGUUAAAGAUGUUCCCAAGAGUCCUGUAUCUAAAUCUCCAGAGCCUACUCCCAUUGAAAAGGUCAUUGAUAUAAAAGAUGUUCCCAAGAGUCCUGUAUCUAAAUCUUCAGAGCCCACUCCCAUUGAUAAGGUCAUUGAUGUUAAAGAUAUUCCCAAGAGUCCUGUAUCUAAAUCUCCAGAGCCCACUCCCAUUGAAAAGGUCAUUGAUAUAAAAGAUGUCCCCAAGAGUCCUGUAUCUAAAUCUUCAGAGCCUUCUCCCAUUGAAAAGGUCAUUGAUAUAAAAGAUGUCCCCAAGAGUCCUGUAUCUAAAUCUCCAGAGCCCACUCCCAUUGAAAAGGUCAUUGAUAUAAAAGAUGUCCCCAAGAGUCCUGUAUCUAAAUCUUCAGAGCCUACUCCCAUUGAAAAGGUCAUUGAUAUAAAAGAUGUCCCCAAGAGUCCUGUAUCUAAAUCUCCAGAGCCCACUCCCAUUGAAAAGGUCAUUGAUAUAAAAGAUGUCCCCAAGAGUCCUGUAUCUAAAUCUCCAGAGCCUACUCCCAUUGAAAAGGUCAUUGAUAUAAAAGAUGUUCCCAAGAGUCCUGUAUCUAAAUCUCCAGAGCCUACUCCCAUUGAAAAGGUCAUUGAUAUAAAAGAUGUUCCCAAGAGUCCUGUAUCUAAAUCUUCAGAGCCCACUCCCAUUGAUAAGGUCAUUGAUGUUAAAGAUAUUCCCAAGAGUCCUGUAUCUAAAUCUCCAGAGCCCACUCCCAUUGAAAAGGUCAUUGAUAUAAAAGAUGUCCCCAAGAGUCCUGUAUCUAAAUCUUCAGAGCCUUCUCCCAUUGAAAAGGUCAUUGAUAUAAAAGAUGUCCCCAAGAGUCCUGUAUCUAAAUCUCCAGAGCCCACUCCCAUUGAAAAGGUCAUUGAUAUAAAAGAUGUCCCCAAGAGUCCUGUAUCUAAAUCUUCAGAGCCUACUCCCAUUGAAAAGGUCAUUGAUAUAAAAGAUGUCCCCAAGAGUCCUGUAUCUAAAUCUCCAGAGCCCACUCCCAUUGAAAAGGUCAUUGAUAUAAAAGAUGUCCCCAAGAGUCCUGUAUCUAAAUCUCCAGAGCCUACUCCCAUUGAAAAGGUCAUUGAUAUAAAAGAUGUUCCCAAGAGUCCUGUAUCUAAAUCUCCAGAGCCUACUCCCAUUGAAAAGGUCAUUGAUAUAAAAGAUGUUCCCAAGAGUCCUGUAUCUAAAUCUUCAGAGCCCACUCCCAUUGAUAAGGUCAUUGAUGUUAAAGAUGUUCCCAAGAGUCCUGUAUCUAAAUCUCCAGAGCCCACUCCCAUUGAAAAGGUCAUUGAUAUAAAAGAUGUCCCCAAGAGUCCUGUAUCUAAAUCUCCAGAGCCUACUCCCAUUGAAAAGGUCAUUGAUAUAAAAGAUGUUCCCAAGAGUCCUGUAUCUAAAUCUUCAGAGCCCACUCCCAUUGAAAAGGUCAUUGAUAUAAAAGAUGUUCCCAAGAGUCCUGUAUCUAAAUCUCCAGAGCCUACUCCCAUUGAAAAGGUCAUUGAUAUAAAAGAUGUUCCCAAGAGUCCUGUAUCUAAAUCUUCAGAGCCCACUCCCAUUGAAAAGGUCAUUGAUGUUAAAGAUAUUCCCAAGAGUCCUGUAUCUAAAUCUCCAGAGCCCACUCCCAUUGAAAAGGUCAUUGAUGUUAAAGAUGUUCCCAAGAGUCCUGUAUCUAAAUCUCCAGAGCCCACUCCCAUUGAAAAGGUCAUUGAUAUAAAAGAUGUUCCCAAGAGUCCUGUAUCUAAAUCUUCAGAGCCCACUCCCAUUGAAAAGGUCAUUGAUGUUAAAGAUAUUCCCAAGAGUCCUGUAUCUAAAUCUUCAGAGCCUACUCCCAUUGAAAAGGUCAUUGAUAUAAAAGAUGUCCCCAAGAGUCCUGUAUCUAAAUCUCCAGAGCCCACUCCCAUUGAAAAGGUCAUUGAUAUAAAAGAUGUCCCCAAGAGUCCUGUAUCUAAAUCUUCAGAGCCUACUCCCAUUGAAAAGGUCAUUGAUAUAAAAGAUGUUCCCAAGAGUCCUGUAUCUAAAUCUUCAGAGCCCACUCCCAUUGAUAAGGUCAUUGAUGUUAAAGAUGUUCCCAAGAGUCCUGUAUCUAAAUCUCCAGAGCCCACUCCCAUUGAAAAGGUCAUUGAUAUAAAAGAUGUUCCCAAGAGUCCUGUAUCUAAAUCUCCAGAGCCUACUCCCAUUGAAAAGGUCAUUGAUAUAAAAGAUGUUCCCAAGAGUCCUGUAUCUAAAUCUUCAGAGCCCACUCCCAUUGAUAAGGUCAUUGAUGUUAAAGAUAUUCCCAAGAGUCCUGUAUCUAAAUCUUCAGAGCCUACUCCCAUUGAAAAGGUCAUUGAUAUAAAAGAUGUCCCCAAGAGUCCUGUAUCUAAAUCUCCAGAGCCCACUCCCAUUGAAAAGGUCAUUGAUAUAAAAGAUGUUCCCAAGAGUCCUGUAUCUAAAUCUCCAGAGCCUACUCCCAUUGAAAAGGUCAUUGAUAUAAAAGAUGUUCCCAAGAGUCCUGUAUCUAAAUCUUCAGAGCCCACUCCCAUUGAUAAGGUCAUUGAUGUUAAAGAUGUUCCCAAGAGUCCUGUAUCUAAAUCUCCAGAGCCCACUCCCAUUGAAAAGGUCAUUGAUAUAAAAGAUGUCCCCAAGAGUCCUGUAUCUAAAUCUCCAGAGCCUACUCCCAUUGAAAAGGUCAUUGAUAUAAAAGAUGUUCCCAAGAGUCCUGUAUCUAAAUCUUCAGAGCCCACUCCCAUUGAAAAGGUCAUUGAUAUAAAAGAUGUUCCCAAGAGUCCUGUAUCUAAAUCUCCAGAGCCUACUCCCAUUGAAAAGGUCAUUGAUAUAAAAGAUGUUCCCAAGAGUCCUGUAUCUAAAUCUUCAGAGCCCACUCCCAUUGAAAAGGUCAUUGAUAUAAAAGAUGUUCCCAAGAGUCCUGUAUCUAAAUCUCCAGAGCCUACUCCCAUUGAAAAGGUCAUUGAUAUAAAAGAUGUUCCCAAGAGUCCUGUAUCUAAAUCUCCAGAGCCUACUCCCAUUGAAAAGGUCAUUGAUAUAAAAGAUGUUCCCAAGAGUCCUGUAUCUAAAUCUCCAGAGCCUACUCCCAUUGAAAAGGUCAUUGAUAUAAAAGAUGUUCCCAAGAGUCCUGUAUCUAAAUCUUCAGAGCCCACUCCCAUUGAUAAGGUCAUUGAUAUAAAAGAUGUUCCCAAGAGUCCUGUAUCUAAAUCUCCAGAGCCCACUCCCAUUGAAAAGGUCAUUGAUGUUAAAGAUGUUCCCAAGAGUCCUGUAUCUAAAUCUCCAGAGCCCACUCCCAUUGAAAAGGUCAUUGAUAUAAAAGAUGUUCCCAAGAGUCCUGUAUCUAAAUCUUCAGAGCCCACUCCCAUUGAAAAGGUCAUUGAUGUUAAAGAUAUUCCCAAGAGUCCUGUAUCUAAAUCUUCAGAGCCUACUCCCAUUGAAAAGGUCAUUGAUAUAAAAGAUGUCCCCAAGAGUCCUGUAUCUAAAUCUCCAGAGCCCACUCCCAUUGAAAAGGUCAUUGAUAUAAAAGAUGUCCCCAAGAGUCCUGUAUCUAAAUCUUCAGAGCCUACUCCCAUUGAAAAGGUCAUUGAUAUAAAAGAUGUUCUCAAGAGUCCUGUAUCUAAAUCUCCAGAGCCCACUCCCAUUGAAAAGGUCAUUGAUAUAAAAGAUGUCCCCAAGAGUCCUGUAUCUAAAUCUUCAGAGCCUACUCCCAUUGAAAAGGUCAUUGAUAUAAAAGAUGUUCCCAAGAGUCCUGUAUCUAAAUCUCCAGAGCCCACUCCCAUUGAAAAGGUCAUUGAUAUAAAAGAUGUUCCCAAGAGUCCUGUAUCUAAAUCUCCAGAGCCCACUCCCAUUGAAAAGGUCAUUGAUAUAAAAGAUGUCCCCAAGAGUCCUGUAUCUAAAUCUCCAGAGCCUACUCCCAUUGAAAAGGUCAUUGAUAUAAAAGAUGUUCCCAAGAGUCCUGUAUCUAAAUCUUCAGAGCCCACUCCCAUUGAUAAGGUCAUUGAUGUUAAAGAUGUUCCCAAGAGUCCUGUAUCUAAAUCUCCAAAGCCUGCACCUAUCGAUAAGGUCACUGAUGUUAAAGAUGUUCCCAAGAGUCCUGUAUCUAAAUCUCCAGAGCCUGCUCCCAUUGAAAAGGUCAUUGAUAUAAAAGAUGUUCCCAAGAGUCCUGUAUCUAAAUCUCCAGAGCCUACACCUAUCGAUAAGGUCAACGAUUUAAAGUAUGUUCCCAAGAGUCCUGUAUCUAAAUCUCUAGACCCUACACCUAUCGAUAAGGUCAUUGAUUUAAAGGAUGUUCCCAAGAGUCCUGUAUCUAAAUCUCCAGAGCCUGCUCCCAUUGAAAAGGUCAUUGAUGGUAAAGAUAUUCCCAAGAGUCCUGUAUCUAAAUCUCCAGAGCCUACACCUAUCGAUAAAGUCACUGAUUUAAAAGAUGUUCCCAAGAGUCCUGUAUCUAAAUCUCCAGAGCCUACUCCCAUUGAAAAGGUCAUUGAUGUUAAAGAUGUUCCCAAGAGUCCUGUAUCUAAAUCUCCAGAGCCUGCUCCCAUUGAAAAGGUCAUUGAUUUAAAGGAUGUUCCCAAGAGUCCUGUAUCUAAAUCUCCAGAGCCUACUCCCAUUGAAAAGGUCAUUGAUGUUAAAGAUGUUCCCAAGAGUCCUGUAUCUAAAUCUCCAGAGCCUGCACCUAUCGAUAAGGUCACUGAUGUUAAAGAUGUUCCCAAGAGUCCUGUAUCUAAAUCUCCAGAGCCUGCUCCCAUUGAAAAGGUCAUUGAUGUUAAAGAUGUUCCCAAGAGUGCUGUAUCUAAAUCUCCAGAGCCUACACCUAUCGAUAAAGUCACUGAUUUAAAAGAUGUUCCCAAGAGUCCUGUAUCUAAAUCUCCAGAGCCUACUCCCAUUGAAAAGGUCAUUGAUGUUAAAGAUGUUCCCAAGAGUCCUGUAUCUAAAUCUCCAGAGCCUACACCUAUCGAUAAGGUCAUUGAUUUAAAGGAUGUUCCCAAGAGUCCUGUAUCUAAAACCCCAGAGCCUACUCCUAUUGAACAGGUCAUUGAUUUUAAAGAUGUUCCCAAGAGUCCUGUAUCUAAAUCUACAGAGCCUACUCCCAUCGAUAAGGUCAUUGAUGUUAAAGAUGUUCCCAAGAGUCCUGUAUCUAAAUCUCCAGAGCCUACUCCCAUUGAAAAGGUCAUUGUUUUAAAGGAUGUUCCUAAGAGUCCUGGAUCUAAAUCUCCAGAGCCUACGCCCAUUGAUAAGGUUAUUGAUAUAAAAGAUGUUAGCAAGAGUCCUGUUUUUAAAUCGCCAGAGCCUACUCCUGUUUAUUUACCUACCAAUGUUGACCAUUUGCCAAUAGUUGAAAAGAUUGAAGGAACCAAAACUUAUAAUAAUGUUGUUUUUAAGCUCAGUGGUCUUGGGAACUUGUCAAUAAAUGAAACUGUUGACGAACCGAGUAAGCGUCUUAUCGGGAAAUCUCCAAAACCUAGAAAUGUUGACAAAUCGUCAGUAAAUGCAAACCUUGAUGAAUCAAGUCAAAAGGGUUCGAUUUCUAAAUCUAUAAAACUCACUGAAAAAUUGUCCAGUAGGAAAGAAGUUAAUAGAAGAUCUGGAACUAGUUCUAAUUCGUUAAUCAAUGAAAAACCACCUUACAAAGUUGAAGGUCGCACCUCUCAAGUCGUUGAUUCAACACUAUCUGGAAAAUCAAUUCAAAAACUGGAAACUAGAGGUAUUGCAGCAAGUCCCAUUUUAAAAUCUCAUAAAGCUCAUAAAAGAAGUUCAAAUGAGAAAUUUAAAGAAUAUCAGCAAAGUACUGUACCUAAAGCGACUGACGUAACCAGACCUACAGAACAAACGAGUAAAAAAUAUGACAAAAAAACUAAACAAAAGACUCAACUUAAAUCAAUGACUUGGGAAUCUCGUCAAUGCGAAAAGAUCACCAGUAGUAGCAGUAUCAGUACAAGUCCGGCUAGGACAUCCGUAUCAAAAGUGGAAACAAAGAGAAGCAAAAUACCCACCACUACCAUUACUGCUACAUCCAAAACCUGUAAACCAGACUUGAAGACAAACAGCACUAAACAUACUGAAACAGGUAAAUCAUUACUCUCAACCAUCAGACGUACGUCUGAGACCUCUUCUCCAAUAAAGCAGAAGAAGGAAACAAUCAGCUCAGAAGGUGAGUCAGCACACAAGCCAUUAUCAGACCUUACCGAAAAAGCAACAUUAGAACAGCCCGCAGCAAAACAAGGAAUACCGACUACGACCGCACAGUAUUUAGCUAGUAACGAAGACGUAUCGCUAAUAGACGUAGUCCAGCAUUAUAAUAUAAACGAUCGCAAACAAAUUUACGAUAUGACUAACGCGCUUAUUUUGUCCGAGUCGCGUGCCGAACCAUACCAUUCGCAUACCGAGCGACAUUACAUUAUUAAAUCCGCAACUUCCGAACCAUUCAAAGAAGAAAAGAAGCCGAAGAAAGGAUUCUUUGGCACUCUCAAAGGAUUCGUCAGCAGAUCUUCAGACUUUUCUGAUUCAGACUCUGAAAAAACACCUAAGGAGAAAAAACCGAAGAAGGACAAGAAGAAAAAGUCCAAAUCGUUAGAUGAGACAGCAUUGCCUCCCCAAGUUCCCGUGCGUCCUCCGAGAAAACCCAAACUGUCCACACCAACAGAAGAUCGUAAAUAUGCCGACAUACCGUUUAUGGAAGCUGGACUUUAUGAUGAGCCUCCAGACUAUGAACCUCCCGCGGUACCUAACAAAGAAAAUGGACUUGAUGCUGUCCUAGACAAAUUACCUAGAGUACCUUCGCAUCCCAUUAUGGUCGACCAAACCGAGAAACCAGUUUCAUCCCCAACCAAAGACAAGAAAUCAAGAUCACUUUCCAGAGAAAAACUGCCGAAAGAAGAUAAACCCAAAACUCCCAAAGCCAAAAAAGUGAAAACAAUUAUCGUCGACGAACAAAUAACAAAAACCUUUAGUCCAGUCUCUGUGAAUGAAGAGGAAUUCACCAUCGUCGUAGACCCAACCAGAAAAGAAUCACCCAAAAAAUCCAAAGAGAUAUACACCCUUAACAUCGAUCAAAGCGUCGAUGAAAUUGAAAAAGAAAUCUUAGAAAAAUCCCCUAUCAUUCCCGAAGAAAGCAUUUUAAAACCUUUUGCACAUCUCCAAGAAGCAUCCCCCACAAGACCACCGCGCACGAAACAGAUCUACGAAGAAAUAGACGCACCAGUGCGAUCUUAUCCUCCAGAACAUCUGGUUUCUGUGCCAGCCGCAUACCAACCAGCAGGAGAUAUCAAAAAGGUUACUGUAGACGUUAUAGAAAGUGAAUCCGCUACAUCACCUGAGCCCAAGCAUAUAACUGACAGUGAAAAAUCCAAAAGAAAAGUUAAGCGCAAGCUGUUCGGCAAAUUAUCAAGAUCCUCAAAGGACACUGAAGACUCAGACGAUGACAGUCGUAGAGAAGUAAUUGAAAAGCAAGAUCGUGAAGAUUCAAAAGAGAGAAGCGUAGAGCCGGAUGAUCAGAAAAAAGGCUUUUUAGGUCUAUUUGCUAAGAAACCGAAGAAGGAGGAACCUCAAAAGAAACUAACCGAAGAAACUUUAAGAAACAUGAAAGAUUCAAGUGACUUUUUGAAAUUCGAAGUGGACAACUAUCAUGAUGCAAAAAUAAUUACUAAAGAAGCAGGAAAACAAGAACAACCAAAAGAGAAAACCAGAAGGCAAAAAUCAAAAGACAGACGCUCAAAAAGUAAAGAUCGUUCAAGAAGCCGAGACAGGUCUAAGAGUAGAGACCGUGACGGAUUCUUCGGCUUGUUUAAAAAGAAGCGCUCUGACGAGAAACCUGAGCUAUCUGAUGAAGCUGUUGCCACUCUUAAAGCAACAGAAUGUUUCUUGAACUAUGAAGUCAACAAGUACUACGAAGGUAAACAAGAUCCGAGAAAACCAAUAAAAGAAUCUAGCAGUUCUGAAUCUGCACCUAGACCAGAAGUCAAACCACGCACUAAAAAACCAAAACCUACUGAAGAACCAACUGAUAAAGCUGAAGUGAGAGAGACCAUCAUUACAGAUGAUUUACAAGGACGCAAAAUAACCACGGUGACCCACGAAAAAGGAGAUAAAAUCGUAACAGUAAAAAAGGAGAUGUAUAUAGUAGAUCCCAAGCAUAUGCAAGAGCUAGAUGAGGAUUUAAGGGAAAAAAUCAAAAAAGCUAAAAUUGAUGCCGCUAGCAGAUCUGAUAAGUCGGAACCAUUCGUGAGAGAAAACUUCGCCGUUGAGACUAAAAUAAUUGACCGGAUAAUACCUGUUCAAAGUGAAAAAGAAACUAUUAUAGAGAGAGAGGUUACUCUGAAAGCGAUCCCCUCUAAAAUCGAAAGUCCUAGGGUACAAAUCUCUGAAUUGCAUGCCAGUCCAGAGGUGGUGGUGAAACAUGAAGAUAUUCGUCCCAUUUUCAAAACUGAAAUUGAUGAAGAACCUGAAAAGACGACUAUUAAAGAAGUUAUCCUAGUUAAACCUAUACUCCCUGAUGAUGUUAUAUACGACAUGAAUCAUAGUGACGACUUCUUGAGAAUGGAAGUGCUACAUUACCAUGACAUUCGACCGAGUAUUAAAAAAGAAAAAGAGGAACCUAAGGGUAAAAAAGAAUCCAAAGGAAUCUUUAGAAUUUUUAAAUCGCCUGAGAAGAAACGAGAAGGAAGUGUAGAAAAACAUCCUGAAAAAACUAAGAAAUCAAAGGAGUCUGCUCAAGGUGUACCGACAAUAGCAAAAGGUCCUGAGAACAAGAAAAAAGGUGAAGUGGUUGAAAAACCGGCCGCGAAACCAAAUAUUUCUGAAGAAGUGAUAAAAGAUAUGAAAGAUACUGGAGGUUUCUUAAAACAGGAGGUUGAAGCUUAUCAUGAUGUACGUCCUCUAGUAUGUAAACUAGAAAAAGAUGUAAAGCUUGAAUCAGCUCAUCAGAAGGAGCAUAAGGAACCAAAAGGUCUAUUGGGCUUCUUUAAGUCUCCUGUAAAGAAGGAGAAGGAAGGAAGCAUAGAAAAAGAAAUUUCUAAGUUAGCUCCUUCAGAAGAGACCAUUGCUGUUAUAACGAAUACAACUCACUUCCUCAAAACUGAAGUCGAUACUUACCAUGACGUAAAACCUUUGGUACCGAUAUCACCUAAAGAACAACAACCAGUGACAGCAGUUUUUGAAAAAGAUCAUAAAGAAUCAAAACCUGGGCUUGGUCUGUUUAAAAGUCUUGAGAAGAAGCAUAAGGAGGACAGCACUGAAAAAGAAUUACCAAAACCAGUUAUAUCUGAAGCAAGCAUUGCGGAUAUGAAAAAAACAAACGAGUUCUUAGGUAAAGAAGUUCAGGUUCAUCAUGAUGUACGCCCAAUAGUAGACAAACCACAAAAGGAAGUAGUUCAACAAGAGCACAAGGAGUCAAAAGGUAUAUUAGGCUUCUUUAAGUCUCCUGAUAAGAAAAAGAAAGAGCGAACCAUAGAGAAAGAAGUUCCUAAGCCAGUUCCUUUACAAGAGACCAUUACUGCUAUGAGGCAUACUAGUGACUUCCUCAAAAAUGAAGUCGAUAUUUACCAUGACGUAAGACCUUUAGUACAGACAUUACCCAAAGACCAACAGCCUUUGGAGAAAGUAGUUUCUGAAAAAGAACAUAAAGAACCAACGGGUUUGCUUGGCCUCUUCAAGAGUCCUGAGAGAAAGCGUAAAGAGGGUGGUGUUGAAAAAGAAUUGCCAAACCCAGUUUUAUCUGAAGGAGUCAUGGCUGAUAUGGCAAAAACAAACGAUUUUUUGGGAAAAGAAGUAGAGGUUCAUCACGAUGUACGCCCAAUAGUUGAGAAACCGCAGAAAGAUAUGGAACCUGAAGCCAUUUCACUAGAGCCCAAAGAAUCAAAAGGUUUAUUAACCUUCUUCAAAUCUCCUGAUAAGAAAAAGAAAGAAGGAAGCAUAGAGAAAGAUGUUCCUAUGCCAGUUCCUUCAAAAGAAACCGUUACUGUCAUGAGGAAUACCACUGACUUCCUGAAAACUGAAGUAGAUAUGUAUCAUGAUGUACGACCUUUGGUACAAUUAUUAUCCAAAGAGCAACAGCCUUUAGAAGCAGUUCCUGUAAAAGAACAUAAAGAGUCAAAGGGUUUGCUUGGUUUAUUUAAGAGCCCUGAGAAGAAGCGCAAGGAGGGCAGUGUUGAAAAAGAAUUGCCAAAACAAGCUUUAUCCGAAGAAGUCAUUGCUGAUAUGACAAAAACAAACGAUUUCUUGGGAAAAGAAGUGGAGGUUCAUCAUGAUGUACGCCCAAUAGUAGAGAAACCCCAGAAAGAAAUGGAACCUGAAGCCAUUCCACCAGAGCCCAAGGAAUCAAAAGGUAUAUUAAGCUUCUUCAAAUCUCCUGAUAGGAAAAAGAAGGAAGGAAUCAUAGAGAAAGAAGUUCCUAUGCCAGUUCCUUCAAAUGAAACCGUUACUGCCAUGAGGAAGACCACUGAAUUCCUGAAAACUGAAGUAGAUAUUUACCACGACGUGAGACCUUUAGUACCGAUACCACCUAAAGAACAACACCCAGUGGAAGAAGUUUCUGAAAAAGGACAUAAACAGUCAAAGGGUUUCCUUGGUUUGUUCAAAAGUCCUGAGAAGAAGCGUAAGGAGAGUAGUAUUGAAAAAGAAUUGCCAAAACCAGCUUUAUCUCAAGAAACCAUUGCUGAUAUGAAUAAAACAAAUGACUUCUUAGGAAAAGAAGUAGAAGUUCAUCACGAUGUACGCCCAAUAGUAGGCAAACCACAAAAGGAAGUAGAACCUGAAGUAAUUCACCAGGAGCAUAAGGAGUCAAAAGGUAUAUUGGGUUUCUUUAAGUCUCCUGAAAAGAAAAAGAAAGAAGAAAGCAUCGAAAAAGAGGUACCUAAACCAGUACUUUCAGCAGAGAUCACUGUUGCUAUGAAGAAUACCACUGACUUUCUCAAAACCGAAGUCGAUAUUUACCAUGACGUAAGACCUUUAUUACCGGUAUCACCUAAAGAACAACAAUCAGUGGAAGCAGUCUCUGAAAAAGAACACAAGGAAUCAAAGGGUUUGCUUGGUCUCUUCAAAAGUCCUGAAAAGAAACGUAGAGAAGGUAGUGCUGAAAAAGAAUUGCCAAAACCAGUUUUAUCUGAAAAAGUCAUUGCUGAUAUGAAGAAAACAAGCAAUUUCUUGAGAAAAGAAGUAGAGAUUUAUCACGAUGUACGCCCUAUAGUGGAGAAAUCACCAAAAGAGAUACAACCUGAAGCCAUUUCAUUAGAGCCCAAGGAAUCAAAAGGUAAAAUAAGCUUUUUGAAAUCACCUGAGAAGAAAAAGAAAGAAGGAAGGAUUGAGAAAAAGGUUCCUAGGCCAGUUCUGUCAGAAGAGACCAUUACUGCCAUGAGGAAUACCACUGACUUCCUGAUAACUGAAGUAGAUAUUUACCAUGAUGUACGACCUUUGGUACAGACAUUACUCAAAGAGCAACAGCCUUUAGAAGCAGUUCGUGGAAAAGAAUAUAAAGAGUCAAAGGGUUUGCUUGGUUUCUUUAAGAGCCCUGAGAAAAAGCCUAAGGAGGGUAGUGUUGAGAAAGACUUACCACAGCAACCAGUUUUAUCUGAAGAAACCAUUUCUGAUAUGGCAAAAUCAAACGAUUUCUUAGGAAAAGAAGUAGAAGUUCAUCAUGAUGUACGUCCAAUAGUAGACAAACUACAGAAAGAAGUAGAACCUGAAGUAGUUCACCAGAAGGAGCACAAGGAGUCAAAAGGUAUAUUGGGCUUCUUUAAAUCUCCUGAAAAGAAAAAGAGGGAGAAAAGCAUAGAGAAAGAAGUUCCUAAGCUAGUACUUUCAGAUGAGACCAUUACUGCCAUGAGGAAUACGACUGACUUCCUGAAAACUGAAGUCGAUAUUUAUCAUGACGUAAGGCCUUUAUUACCGAUAUCACCUAAAGAACAACAACCAGUCGAAGUAGUUUCUGAAAAAGAACACAAGGAAUCAAAGGGUUGGCUUGGUCUCUUCAAGAGUCCUGAGAAGAAGCGUAAAGAAAGUAGUGUUGAAAAAGAAUUGCCAAAAUCAGUUUUAUCUGAAGAAACCAUUGCUGUUAGGAAUAAAACAAAUGACUUCUUAGGAAAAGAAAUAGAAGUUCAUCAUGAUGUACGUCCAAUAGUAGACAAACGACAGAAGAAAGUAGAACCUGAAGAAAUUCACCAGGAGUAUAAGGAGUCGAAAGGUAUAUUGGGUUUCCUUAAGUCUCCUGAAAAGAAAGAGAAAGAGGGAAGCAUUGAAAAAGAAGUUUCUAAACCAGUACUUUUAGCAGAGACCAUUGCUGCCAUGAAGAAUACCACUGACUUCCUCAAAACUGAAGUCGAUAUUUACCAUGACGUAAGACCUUUAUUACCGCUAUCACCUAAAGAACAACAACCAGUCGAAGCAGUUUCUGAAAAAGAACACAAGGAGUCAAAGGGUUGGCUUGGUCUCUUUAAAAGUCCCGAGAAGAAGCGUAAAGAGAGUAGUAUUGAAAAAGAAUUGCCAAAACCAGUUUUAUCUAAAGAAGUCAUUGCUGAUAUUACGAAAACAAACGAUUUCUUAGGAAAAGAAGUACAGAUUUAUCACGAUGUACGCCCAAGAGUGGCGAAACCGCCAAAAGAGAUGGAACCUGAAGUAAUUCCACCGGAGCACAAGGGAUCAAAAGGUUUAUUAAGCUUCUUUAAGUCUCCUGAUAAGAAAAAGAAGGAAGGAAGUGUAGAGAAAGAAGUACCUAAGCCAGUUCUUUCAGCAGAGACUAUUGCUGCCAUGAAGAAUACGACUGAUUUCCUGAAAACUGAAGUCGAUAUUUACCAUGACGUAAGACCUUUAGUACAGCUAUCACCUACAGAACAACAACCAGUGGAGGCAGUUUUUGAUAAAGAACAUAAAGAAUCAAAGGGUUUGCUUGCUCUCUUUAAGAGCCCUGAGAAGAAGCGUAAGGAGGGUAGUGUUGAAAAAGAACUACCACCACAACCUGUUUUAUCUCAAGAAACCAUUGAUGAUAUAAAUAAAACAAAUGAUUUCUUAGGAAAAGAAAUCGAGGUUCAUCAUGAUGUCCGUCCAAUGGUAGACAAACCACAAAAGGAAGUAGAACCUGAACUAAUUCACCAAGAGCACAAGGAGUCAAAAGGUAUAUUGGGCUUCUUUAAAUCUCCUGAAAAGAAAAAGAAGGAAGGAAGCAAAGAGAAAGUAGUUCCUAAGCCAGUACCUUCAGAAGAAACCAUUGCUGUCAUGAAAAAUACCACUGAUUUCCUGAAAACUGAAGUCAAUAUUUAUCAUGACGUUAGACCUUUAGUACAGACAUUACCCAAAGAGCAACAGCCAGUUUCUGAAAAAGAACAUAAAGAGUCAAAGGGUUUCCUUGGUCUCUUCAAAAGUCCUGAAAAGAAGCGUAAGGAGGGUAGCGUGGAAAAAGAAUUGCCAAAACCAGUUUUAUCUGAAGAAGUCAUUGCUAAUAUGACAAAAACAAAUAACUUCUUAAGAAAAGAAGUAGAGGUUCAUCAUGAUGUCCGUCCAAUAGUAGAUAAACCACAAAAGGAAGUAGAACCUGCAGUAGUUCACCAAAAGGAGUCAAAAGGUAUAUUGGGAUUUUUUAAAUCUCCUGAUAAGAAAAAGAAGGAAGGAAGCAUAGAGAAAGAAGUUCGUAAGCCAGUUCCUUCAGCAGAGACUAUUGCUGCAAUGAAGAAUACAACUGACUUUCUGAAAACUGAAGUCGAUAUUUACCAUGACGUAAGACCUUUAGUACAGAUAUCACCAAAAGAACAGCUCUCAGAAGCAGUUUCUGAAAAAGAGCACAAGGAAUUAAAGGGUUUGCUUGGUUUGUUCAAGAGCCCUGAGAGGAAGUGGAAAGAGGGCAGCAUUGAAAAAGAAUUGCCAAAACCAGUUAUAUCUGAAAAAGCCAUUGCUGAUAUGACCACAACAAACGAGUUCUUAGAUAAAGAAGUAAAGGUUCAUCAUAAUGUACGCCCAAUAGUAGACAAACCACAGAAAGAGGUGGUACCUGAAGUAGUUCACCAGAAGGAAUCAAAAGGCAUAUUAGGCUUCUUUAAGUCUCCUGAAAAGAAAAAGAAAGAAGGAAGCAUAGAGAAGGAAUUUCCUAAGCCAGUGACUUCAGCAGAGACCAUUGCUGCCAUGAAGAAUACUACUGACUUUCUCAAAACUGAAGUCGAUAUCUACCAUGACGUAAAACCUGUGAUUCCGGUCUUACUAGUACCAAAAGCCCAAGAGCAUGCAGUGGAAGCAGUUUCUAAAAAAGAGCAUAAAGAGUCCAGAGGUAUUCUUGGCAUGUUUAAAAGCCCCGAAAGAAAAAAGAAGGAAUAUAAUAUUGAAAAAGAAGUUACUCUGCCGGUUCUCUCUGAACACGUUAUAACGCAAAUGAAAGAUACCGAUGGCUUUUUGAAAAAAGAAAUAGAAGUGCAUCAUGACGUUUACCCCGUAGUCACCAAACAACCAAAGACAUUAGAUCCUGAACCAGUUCAGAAAGAAUCAAAAGACCCAUUAAGUUUCUUUAAAUCUUCUGACAAGCCAAAAGAAGAAAAUGUUGAAGUUGAACCUGAAGCAGUUACGCAUAUUAUUUCUGAAGAAGCAGUAAUGCUCAUGCGAGACACAGAUGGUUUCCUGAAAAAGGAAAUUGAAGUGCAUCAUGACGUUUACCCAAAAGUCUCCACAUUAUCAAAAGAUCACAAAGAAUCCAAAGGUAUAUUGGGUUUCUUCAAAUCUCCUGACAAGAAGAAAAAGGAAGUGAGUUUUGAAGAUGUUGUUGCUAAAGCAGCUCCCUCAAAUGAAGCAAUUGUUGUUAUGCAAAAUACCACCGAUUUCUUAAGAACUGAAGUUGAUAUCUACCAUGACGUUUGGCCUUUGGUCCAAGUCUCCCCAGAGAAACUGGAGGAGUCCACCAAAGAAGCAGAACGGACAUCACCGAAAGAAGCAGUUUCUGAAAAAGAGCAUAAGGAGUCGAAAGGUAUCCUUGGUCUCUUUAAAAUCCCUGAUAAGAAAAAAGAAUGUAGCAUUGUAAAGGAUUUAUCGCAACCAGUUUUAUCUGAAGAAGCCAUUGCUGAGAUGAGUAAUACCAACAAUUUCCUGGAGAAGGAAGUGAAAGUGUAUCAUGAUGUACGCAGCAUAGCGGCCAGCAGUGCAGAAACAUCUCAUGAAAUAGAACACAAAGAAUCAAAACGUUUAUUGGGCUUCUUCAAGUCCUCACAUAAGAAAAAUAAAGAAGCUACCAAACCAGACCUCUCAGAAGAAGCUGUUGCAACUAUGGAGAACACCACUGACUUUUUAAAGAAUGAGGUUGCUAUUUUCCAUGAUGUUCGUCCAAUUAUAGAAACCCAACCAGCUAAAGUCAACAAAAUAUUAAUAAAAGAAGUAGAAAUCCAUAACGUUCAAAAAGAAACAAAGUCCCCAGAGCGAAAAAAGAAACACGGAAGCCUUGAACGAGAUGCCAAACCAAUCGUUUUAUCAGAAGAAGUGCUUGCUAACAUGACAACUACUACAAACUUUUUAACUGAAGAAGUCAACAAAUAUCAUGACGUACGUCCAAUAGUUCAAAGAACUUCUGAAGAGGAACAACCAGAUACAGUUCAAAAGCAUGGAAAAGAAUCAAGAGGACUCUUUGGCUCUUUCUUUAAAUCGUCUGACAAAGAUAAAAAGAAGAAGGAGAAGAGCGUUGAAAAAGAUGUCGAAGAUGCUUCUAAGAAGGACGAAGAAGUGUUUUAUGAUGCCAAAAGUGAAAUCAUCGAAGAACCCAAAGGGAAAAAGGAAUCCAAAGGUCUAUUAAGCAGAUUCAAGAAGCAAAGCGACAGUCAGGAUGUCACUUCCAAGAGCCUCUUAGGGAAAUUCAGACGAACUCCAGACCGUAGUAGCAUGGAGAAAGACAUAAGGAAUCAACUCUCCGAGGAAACCAUAGCAGAUAUGCUUAACAGUGAUCAUUUUAUUAAAAUGGAAGUUGAAAAAUUCCACGAUGUCAGACCCGAACGUCAGAGUAUUGCCCCUGUGGAAACUCAAGCAGAAGAAGCUCUAGAUAAAAAAGACAGCAAAGGAAUAUUCAAAAUGUUUAAGAAAAAAAGGAAAACCCUCGAUAAAGAAGAUGAAGCAACUAAGGUGGCGCUAACCAAAGAACAAACCUCCACCUUUUACGAUGAACCAGAGAAACUGGCCGAAGGGGAAACUACUGCGAUAUUUUACACAGAUGAAAAAAUACCUGAAACCACCAAUUUCCUUAACAACGAAUUAGACAAAUACGAGGAUGGAUCUUUGUAUAAGCCACCUACAUUAUCGGAAGAAGCUUUACGCGAAAUGGUGACAACUAGUGAGUUUUUGCGUGAAGAAGUGGCCAGGUUUCAUGACGUCAAAUUAGAUUUAAAACCCUCGUCCGAGCAAACAGAAAAACCUCAAAAAUCAAACAAAAUCUUUGGACUAUUUGGCAAAAGAUCAUCUCCAGGGGGUGAACAGAAAAAGCAAAAAGAACCAGAAAUGAUUGUGGUAAGCCAGGAUGAUAACAAAGGUUUCCUUCAAGGUGAAAUUGACCGUUAUCACGACGCGCGUCCUGUAAAAGAUCAGAAAAUUGAGGAGCAUGGUGGUCCCUUUGAAGAUCAGUCAAAGAAGACUAAACCAAUCGAUGAAGGCAUUAAAGAUGAGCUGCCACAAUCAGUUUUUGAAGAAAAAGAGACUAUAUUAGCAGAAAACUUGCAAGGGACAAAAACCACCACUGUAACGGAACAAAUAGUGCCUCACGGUGACAAAACGGUGAGGAUAACGAAAGAGAUAUUUGUGGUCAAUCCACACGUCAUGGAUCAUAUCGCAGACUUGGACGAGGACAUCAAAAAGAAAAUCCUGCAAGCAAAAGCUGACGCCGAUAGUCUAGACAGGGACACUUCCCAACCUUUUAUCAGAGAAACGUAUAGUGUUCACACUAAGGUCAUAGACAGAGUAAUUCCAGUCUCUCCUGAUACUGAAACGAUCACAGAAACUGAAAUUAUUUACGAAGACAUUCCUUCAACAAUUGUUCAAGAUACAUACACCCUCAAGUACAAUCCAGUAGAAGCAAGACAUCACACAACAGAUUUCUUGAAGAAAGAAAUUGAAAACUUCCAGGAUGUGAGGCCCAUGGUAGACAAGGAACCAACAUCAACAGAAAAAGCAAAACGUUCAAAAAAGAGUCCUUUCAAAUUAUUCGAACGUAAACAGAAAUCAGAAGAACUGCCAAAUGAUGAUGACAAAGAAAACCUUAAAGCCAAAGAGCGCAAAGAAAAAAGAGAAAAGAGGCGCAGCGGAGGUUUCCUGAGCAUGUUCCACAAGUCCUCUCAAGAGGCCCCGGACAUAACUGCCAUAACUUACAGUCCUGAAGCAGUAAAAACUUUGCAAGACACCACCAACUUUUUGAAGAACGAACUGAUUAACUAUGAAGAUUCCAAGCAUGUACCAGUAACUGAUCUGGAUGAUGAUCCCGACGUAGAACACACCAAAUCAGGACUAUUUAGUAUUUUCAGCAAGAAGCAUGAUAGUCCUAAGAUCACCAAGAAACUAUUCAAGAAGCAUAGGAGGGAAAAGUCACAAGAAUCAAGUGAUGUCAGUGGUAAAACUUAUCAGAAACUAGACGAUCUUGAUGAGGCAUUGGGUAAAGGGAUUAAAGACCUCCAGAAAGACAUUGAAGAGGAAAAUGCAAUAUUAGAGAAAGAUAUUAGUGCUGAAUUAGACAUUCUUUCUAAUGAUGUUGAAAGUAAAUCAAAGGAGAAGAAAGUCAUGUUUAGCGAAGAACUGGAAGCCAGUGAUAAGGAGAGUGGUGAACUCUAUGCUCUCUCGAAAGAAAAAUCGUCAAGUUUCAUUAAUGACAUUUUACAAAGCUUCGACUCCAAGUUGGAACACGUCAAAGAAGAAAUCGAUACUACCGCCAAAGAUAAACAAUUAAUUGUAGACAAAGUGAAUGAAAAAUAUAAAGAAACUGAAGAUCUGAGCAGGGAAAUGGCCAAGCACACAUUUCCCUCCCAUGUUCAAGAAGUAGAAAAAAAACUCACUGAUACUGAAAGCAACUUUAAAGACUCAGUGAAACAAGGGAAGCAAAAAGUCCAAGAGGCCAUUCAAGAAGUAAAAGACAGCAGCACAAAGCCCUCGGUAUACUUGGACACAGUUAAAAGAGAUGCAAUGAACACAAUAACUGACGCCCAGGAGGAUGUUGCUGAAGCUGAAAAAAAAAGAGCAAGUUUCUUUGAAAAAUUGGGAGAUAAAUUUACAAGUAAAACUAAACAAGUCAAAGAUGACGCGCUCCAGAUAACUUCUGAAAUUGAAGAGUCAACAAGUGAUGGUAAGCAAUCGAUUAAAGAUCUUACUGAAGAAGUGGAUGAAGGAUUAAAAGAUGGUGCCAAGAAGACCAAAAAGAGAACUGGCAGUUUUCUGGGUAAACUAGGUGACAAAAUAACUGGAAAAGCAAAAGAUGCGCAAAAGAAAACCAAAGAAGUGACUGAGGAGGGAAUUAAAAGAGCAGACAGUGAAGUGAAAGUAGCAUCUGAUAUUGUUAAAGGUAAAUCAGAGUUGGCUAAAGAGGAACUUGAUUCAGAAGUUAAAUCUUGGGAAGAUGAUGUUCAAGUGGCUCCUUCAGAGCUUUUAAGUGCUCUUAGUGAUGAUUUGUUAAAAGAGAAACAGGAAGCAAAUCUAACUGCUUCUAUCCAAGAAGUAAAACAGGGACUAGACCAGAUUAAAGACCAAGCAAGCAAAACUGCAGAUGAUCAAUUUAAUGAUAUCAAGGGCUUACUUGUGGAUACAGAGAAAUCAGCUAAAGAAGAUUUAAGCAGGAUGCAAAUCGAGUUAGCAGAUGAUCUGGAGACAGUAAAAACUCACUUAAAAAGCACUGCAGAACAGCUCCGAGAAGACGUUAACCAAAAGGCGGCAGAAGUAAAAGAUGCAAAAGAUUUCCUAGAGAGCGAAAGGGGCUCCCUGGACAAGGAAUUUGAUGACUCCAAGCAGCAAAUGAAACAGGCAUUAAAAGAUUCAACGCAAAGUGGUAAAAAAUUAGUGGACGAAGUUGGAGAAAAAAUUGAAUAUGCUGCAAAAGAAACUGCUUCUAAGGUGGAAGAGGGAAGUGAGCAAGCAUUAGAGUUCUUUGGAAAAUUAGAAGACAAAUUGGCAGAAAAAACUAAGCAAAUUAAAGAUGGUACGGAAGCGUUAUCUUCUGAAGUUAAGGAGUCAGUGGAUCAAAAGCCUACUCAGGGUAAACAGGCUGCUCGAGACAUUUCUAAAGAUAUUAAGACUUCGUUGGAAGAAACAAAUGAAAAACUUAAAGAUACUACAGAGGAAAUUAAAGAAGAUUUAGCAGAAGCCUCAGGACAAGCGAAAGAGGCUAUAAAAAAAUCAAAAAAGAAGUCAGCUGGGUUCUUGGGUAAACUUGGUGACAAAAUAUCAGGUAAAGCAAAAGACGUCAAUAAAAAGGCCAAGGGCAUGGCUGAAGAUGUCAAGGGCGAAAUCAAAAGAGCAGAUAGUGAGACCAAAGAAGCAUCUCAAAAAAUCAUGAAAUCUACUGACCAAACAUUAUCAAACAUUAAAGAUACUGUAACAGAAGCAUCAGUGAAAGCAAAGGAUCAGGUUCAAGAAAAAACAGAUGAAGCAAUUUCAUCAAUGCAAGACCUAGAAAAAUCUGUAGAGAGCAAGACAGUCAAAGCUCAGAAUAUUCUUCAUUCAGAAAUAGGAGGUUUUAAAGGCAACGCUGCUAAGUCUUGGGCAGAAGUGAAAGCUGAUGCAACAGAUGUAAAAAUAGCUGCUUCAGGACUUUUAAGUGGUUUUGAAGAUAAACUGUCCAAAGAUGAACAGGAAGCAGAAGCAGUUGUAACUUCUUCUAUCCAAGAAACAAAAGAGGAACUACUUCAGAUGAAAGAUCAAGCAAGCAAAACCGCAGAUGAUCAAAUUAAAGAUAUCAAAGAUUUAUUAGUGAAUGCACAGAAGUCAGCCAAUGAAGACGCAAGCAGGAUCCAAACUACGUUAGCAGAUGAUGUACAGACAGUAAAAACUCAGUUACAAAGUACUACUGAUCAGCUUUAUAAAGAUGUUAAGCAAAAGGCUGCAAAAGUAAAAGAUGCAAAAGAUUUCCUGGAGACUGAACGUGGCUCCUUAAAAAAGGAACUUGAUGACUCCAGGAAGGAAAUUAAACAGGCAUUAAAAGACUCAGAUCAAACUGGUAAAGAUUUAGUAGAAAAGGUUGAAGAAGAUAUUGAAUAUUUAGCAAAACAAACCUCUUCUAAGGUUGAAGAGGCAAGUGAGCAAUCAUCAGGUUUCUUUGGAAAAUUAGGGGACAAAUUGGUAGGAAAAACUAAGCAGAUUAAACGUGGUGCAGAAGAGUUAUCUUCUGAAGUUAAGGAGUCAUUGGAUGAAAAAGCUAAUCAGGGUAAAGAGGCUGCAACAGAGGUUUGUAAAGAUAUAGAGGCUUCGGCGGAAGAAACAGGUGAAAAACUUAAAGAUUUUACAGAGGAACUUGAGGAAAAUUUUGCAGAAGCCUCAGGUCAAACCAGAGACACUAUAAAAAAAGCAAAAAAGAAAUCAGGUAGCUUUUUAGGUAAAAUUGGCGACAAAAUAUCGGCAAAAACAAAAGACCUGAAUAAAAAGGCCAAGGGCGUGGCUGAGGGUGUCAAGGAUGAGGUCAAAAGAGCAGGUAGUGAGACUAAAGAAACAACUGAGGAAAUAAUGAAAUUAACUGAUAAAGAAUUAUCACACGUUAAAGAUACUGUAGCAGAAACAUCAGUUAAAACAAAAGAUCGGGUUCAAGAGAAAACAGAUGAAGCCAUUUCAUUAAUGCAAGAACUAGAAACAUCUGUUGAGAGCAAGACAGUCAAAGCGCAUGACAAACUUCAUUCAAAAGUAGAAGGUAUUAAAGGUGAUGCUGCUAAGUCUUGGGAAGGAGUGAAAGCUGAUGCAACAGAUGUUAAAGUUGCCGCUUCGGGGAUUUUAAGUGGUCUUAACGAGAAACUGUCAAAAGAAGAACAGGAAGCAGAAGCAGCUGCAACCGCUUCUAUUCAAGAAACAAAAGAGGAACUACUUCAGAUAAAAGAUCAACCAAGCAAAACUGCAGCUGAUCAAAUUAAAGAUAUCAAAGAUUUAUUAGUGAAUGCACAGAAGUCAGCAAAAGACGACGCAAGCAGGAUCCAAGCCACGUUAGCAGUAAAAACUCACUUACAAGGUUCUACUGAUGAGCUUCAAAAAGACUUUAACCAAAAUGCUCCAGAAGUAAAAGAUGCAUUUUCAAAAGAUUUCCUGGAGAGUGAGAGGGGCUCCUUGGAAAAGGAACUUGAUGACUCCAAGCAGGAAAUUAAACAGGCAUUGAAAGAUUCAGCGGAUACUGGCAAAGAAUUAGUAGUCAAAGUUGAAGAAGAUAUUGACCAUGCCAUUAAAGAAACUACUUCUAAUGUAGAAGAGGCAAGUGAGCAAGCAUCAGGGUUCUUUGGAAAAUUAGGAGAUAAAUUGGCAGGAAAAACUAAGCAAAUGAAAGAUAGUGCAGAAGAGUUCUCUUUUGAAGUUAAGGAGUCAUUGGAUAAAAAAGCUGAUCAGGGUAAACAGGCUGCUACAGACCUUUCUAAAGAUGUAAUAACUUCAUUAGAAGAAACAGGUAAAAAGUUGCAAGAUGCAACAGAUGAAGCUUCAGGUCGGUCACGAGACGCUAUAAAAAAAGCGAAAAAGAAGUCAGGUGGGUUCUUGGGUAAAAUUGGUGACAAAAUAACGGGAAAGACAAAAGACGUCAAUAAAAAGGUCAAGGGCGUGACUGAGGAUGUCAAAGGUGACGUCAAGAGAGCAGGUAGUGAGACUAAAGAAAUAUCUCAGGAAAUCAUGAAAUCUACUGACAAAAAAAAAUCAGAUAUUAAAGAUACUGUAACAGAAGCAUUACUGAAGGCAGAGGAUGAGGUUCAAGAGAAAACAGAAAAAGCUAUUUCAUCAAUGCAAAAAUUCGAAAAAUCUGUUGAGAGCAAGACAGUUAAAGUCCAUGACAAACUUCAUUCAGAAGUAGAAGAUCUUAAAGGUGAUGCUGCUAAGUCUUGGGAAGGAGUGAAAGCUAAUGCAACAGAUCUUAAAAUUGUUGCUUCAGGGCUUUUAAAUGAUCUUAAUGAGAAACUGUCAAAAGAAGAACAGGACGCAGAAGCAGCUGCAUCCGCUUCUAUUCACGAAACAAAAAAGGGACUAAUCGAGAUAAAAGACCAAGUGAGCAAAACUGCAGAUGAGCAAAUAAAAGAUAUUAAAGAUUCUCUAGUGGAUGCAGAGAAGUCUGCAAAAGAAGACGCAAGCAGGAUCCAAGCCACGUUAGCAGAUGAUAUGAAGACAGUAAAAACUCACUUACAAAGUUCUGCUGAUCAGAUUCAAAAAGAUUUUAAUCAAAAGGCUGUUGAAGUUAAAGAUGCAAAAGAUUUUCUGGAGCGUGAGAAGGGAUCUUUGGAAAAUGAACUUGAUGACUCCAAGCAGGAAAUUAAACAGGUAUUGAAAGAUUCAACGGAUGCUGGCAAGGCAUUAGUAGUCAAAGUUGGAGAAGAUAUUGACCAUGCUGCAAAAGAAACUGCUUCUAAGGUAGAAGAGGCAGGUGAGCAAUCGUCAGGAUUCUUUGGAAAAUUAGGAGACAAAUUGGCAGGAAAAACUAAGCAAAUCAAAGAUAGUGCAGAAGAGUUAUCUUCUGAAGUUAAGGAGACAUUAGAUAAAAGUACUGAUCAGGGUAAACAGACUGUUACAGACAUUUCUAAAGAUAUAAAGAUUUCGGUGGAAGAAACAGGUAAAAAACUUAAAGGUACUACAGAGGAAAUUAAAGAAGAUUUAAGAGAAGCUUCAGGUGAAACCAAAGAAGCUAUAAUUAAAGCGAAAAAGAAGUCAGGUGGGUUCUUGGGUAAAAUUGGUGACAAAAUAACAGGAAAAGCAAAAGACGUUAAUAAAAAGGCCAAGGGCGUGGCUGAGGAUGUCAAAAGAGCAGGCAGUGAGACCAAAGAAGCAUCUGCUAAAACUACAAAAUCUACUGAAGAAAAUCUGUCAGAAGCGAAAGGUAAAUUAAGUAAAGCGUCACAUGAGGCUGUAGUGUCUGUGAAGCAAUUAGAAAAAUCAGUGGAUGAUCAAACAGAGAAAGUGAUAUCAGAGGUUCAAGAUUUUAGUGAAUCAAUUUCUAAAGCUUGGGAUGGUUUCAAAGUAGAGGUAGCUGCUAAAGAGCCAAAUAUUUCAACAAGCCUUGAAGAUGUCAAACAAAGUACUAAUGACAAAAUGAAUGGCAUAAUCGAUUUUGUAAAAGAUGGUCAAGAGGUCGUCAAGGACAAAUCCACAGAAAUAAAGAGAGAUGUUAAAGGUGCUACUGGGUCAACAGCUCUUCAUGGUACAAUAUCACAGGUUCAACAAGACAACCAACUAGAUUUCUUAGAAAGAGAAAGGAGAUUACUGGAAAAGGAACUUGAAGAUUCUAAAAAAGAUAUCGAAAUGGCUUUUGCAACUGAAGCAGAUGAUCUUAUGAGAACAUCCCAACAAACACUAUCAGAGGCAGCAAAAGAAGCUGACAAAAAAACCACAAGUUUCUUUGAUAAGUUAGGUGACACAAUUUCCGAUAAAACCACAGAAGCAAAGGCUGAGCUUGAUGGAGUAGUUGCUGAGGUCGCAGACAGUUUGGACCAAUCAGAGACAGAAACCAAAAAAGCUGCGAUUAAUGUUCAAGGAGAAAUAGCAGAUGCAGCAUCAGAAGCAGAACAGGUCGCUAAAAAAGCUAAGAAGAAAACAAGUAGCUUUUUGGGUAAGCUCGGAGGAAAAAUAUCAGGAAAGACAAAAGAUAUUGAAAGCAAAAGCAAAGAGGCCAUUGAAAAGACCAAAACUGAACUGAAAAGAGCGUCAAGUGAAGCAAAGGAAGAACCUGCAAAUGUGAUAAAGGCUAUGGAGCAAAAAAUGAAGGACGAUUUAAGAAAAUUAGAAAAAGAAGCUAAACCUAGUCUAACUGUAGUAAAAACAGGAGCUGAUUACAUUGGUAAAGCUAAAGAGGUUGAAAAAUCUGUCGAUGAUUUAUUUUCUAAGGGCCACGAAGAAAUAAGUGAUGAUUUACUAAAAUUGAAAGCUAGCUUUGAGGAAACAGCCAGACAUGCUGCAAAAUCUAUUGAUGACUCAGAACAGGCCUUAAAAGUGAGAGCAACUAAGCAGGUUUCUUCAGCUGAAGAGGCUCUUGGAGAACUCAUGGCCACACAAUCUGUAGAUGAGAUUUUAGGAUCUCUUGAGCAACCAAGUGUGGAGAUAAUUUCGCAAAAGUCUGUUAUGGAGGUGCAGGAGGAAGAUCUUGAACGAACCAAAGAAAAAGCAAAAUCUACUUCCAAAAGUAUAGAAAUUAAGGAGGACUUAAAGAAAGGAGAAAACAAAACUGGUAGUAACUUGUUUGGAAAAUUAGGAGGGAAGUUGUCACGGAAAUCGAAGGACACAGAGAAAAAGUCAGAAAAAAGGGCAGCUAGUGAAGCAAGGGAGGUGUCUGAACAAGAGGAAGCUGCAAAUAUCCAACAUGAAUUUAACGAAUCAAUAAUUCAACUACAAGACAAGAUCAAUGAAUCUUUUGACGGUGAAAAAGGCUCAUCUGAAACAAAAUCAGAAGGUCUUCUUAGCAAGAUAGGCAAAUUAGGAAAAUCGAAAGAUUCACGAAAAUCUCCUGAAGCAGACACUAUUUCUGAAAUAGGAGAACAAAUAAACAGGGAUAUUGAACCUACCAUGGCAGAAAUACAAACUCACGGAUCAAAGACCAGUAAACCUACAAGGAAAAUUCUGAAAGAAACAUCUGGAAUAUCUGUGGAAAAACUGUCAUGCGGUGAUCCUACCCUAUUGUAUGACCCUACUGAUAAACAUCUAAGAGCAACCGCAACGCCAAUAGGACAAAUCAAACAAAGCACCACGGAAUUUUUGGAGGCUGAAGGCAGUAGCACCACCCCGUUCAGCCAAAUCCCUCGUACAGUGAGUGACUAUGGCUCACAAAUGAAAGAUUCACAGACAGGUAGAGGAAGCAUAUCAGAAGCCAACUUGGAUCUAUCAAAUCUAGCAUCAGAUAUAGAAAAAGAAACAAUUUUUGAAAGUUCUGCUUAUAUGUCAUCACCUGUUUUACCAAGAAGAACAGUUUCCCAAAAGCACUCUAAAGGAGACCGUCCGGAUAUAAUUGAAAUUAAGAAUGUCACUGAAUACGAUAUAGGAGAUGUUACCAAAUAUACUGUGGUCGAACCAGAAGAGACAACUAAGAAAGCUCUGUUCCAUAUAGAGUCUGAAGAUGAUGACUCCUUAUGGUCAAGUACCAAAAAAGAGUUGCAAAGGUCAAAGUCAAACGUCCUUGAAUCUUUAACAGAAAUGGAUGUGGAUAAUCUUAUAUCGGACUUAACGAAAAACUUGGGGGAGGCAAUAUCCAGUCCAACUGUCAUCAUUAAGAUGAAGGAGGACGUAGAAAAGCUGAAAGAGCACGUCAGAGAGUCUGAAGCCGAUGUCGAAAUGAUCGAUAAGAAACUGCGCGACUUGGACAAAGCGUUAGAUAAUUUAGAAAAAACCGAACAAAAAGAACAUAAACUCAAAAGAGUCGAGAGAAAGUUCGAGCGAAUGGCCUCGGAACUCCUCGAGGAGGAGUCCAAAGAGGCCCAAUUGAAACAAAUGACCAGUCCGGAAGUUGAGGAAAAACGCGAAUCGGAAUUUCAAAAACUAGUAUCGCAAAUCAGCGUCGAAGAAGUGUCCGACUUCCAAAGGGAGUACAGUCAUCUAUGGGACGAGACGACAUUUUCUAAGAGUGAAGAGUGGAGUACGAAAACUCCGGAUAGUCAGGCGGAUGCCCAAGAGCUCCCUAAAGAAUCUAACAGCGGACUAACCCAAGAAUCACCACUAACAACCACCGACUCGUCCAUACCCCAACCAAAACCUCGUACCGCAAAACCGGAAAUACCCUUAGAUUUUUCAAAAACAACCCCUAAAUCUGACAAGAUCAUGUCUCCCGUGAGAGAUGAUCUGCUAGACGACGACGGAGAUGACUUCGCCACCUACUCGGACCGUAAGAAAUUUUGGGAGAACGUCAGCAAAGAUUCCACCAAGAAACGGAUGAGCUUACACGAAAUGACUGCGACAGACAAGGAAAUCAUCAGCAAAAAACGCACGUCAGUCCAUGAGAUCGGCAUGCCCCCGAUUCCCAAGCCACGUUCCACCAUACAAACCACUCGCAGUGAAACAUCUGAAGAAGAACCACGCAAACCAGCGGCGAAAGAAAAAACCGCCGCCGAAAUAAAACUGGAAAAAGCCAUCGAAGCUGAAAAGAUCCACGCACAAGAAGAACUCCAAUCGAUUAUCGAGGGCAUCGAGAGAAAUGAUAAAACCGAAAAAAUAUUGACGGAAUACCAAGCUUCGUUCAUGCCACCGGCGGAGCGCAAAGAAAUAUUCAAAAUCACCCAGCAAAGCUCCGACAGUCAACUAGAUAAAGACGACAGCUUAGACUCAGAUAAAGCUCAGAAAGGCAGCAGCCAACAAAUCGAACACACCGGCUACAUAUCAGACAGCGAGGACGUAGAAAAUGUAAUCUCAGACUCGGAAAUUGAGGAUCGCGUACCCCAGAUCAGAGAGAGACAAAUGAGCGUUUUCGCCCCUCCAGUGACCCAACGAAAAACCAUUUACGAACGCUCCGCCUCGUUGCCCACCGAGGACUUGUACGAGGUUUCCCGUAACCUUAAACAACUAAAAGAAAAAUACGAGCAAAAGAUUAAAGAGGACAUGAUCGAGGAGCACCUCGUGACUGAUACAGAAGAAGACUCUUCUCCGGAGAGAAAAACCUUGGCAGCCCUACAAGAAGAACGGAUUAUGACUGUAAGGUCUUUUGUAGAUGAGGCCAUGUCCAAAAUUGCAGAAGAAGACUCCUCUGAGGAGAAGUCUUAUAAUACGAAGAAGCCAACCGAGGCCGACUCAGAACUUAAAAAGUCUGUAAGAGAUUUAGCCAAAGACUUCGAAAGGCAAGUCAGUGCUGAGAAACCCGCCAAGUCACCAUCAUCGGAAGAAAAAAGUUUCCACGAACAAGAGGCGAAAGAACACGUGCACGUUGACAAAAGCGAAUUAGAAGUUUCUGAAAAAAAAGUAGACACUACCUUACAGGUUACCGGCGAAUAUAUUCCAGAGAUAACCGUAACUCUCUCAGGUAAACAGAGACGUAUCAGUGAAGAAAGUGACGAUUAUUCUGAAAAAGCUGAACCAAUCGUGGCUGCAUCACCAAUCUCUGAAUCACUUGAAGAGGCAUCACCAAUAAAACAGUCUAUAGAACGCGUGCAAAGCACUGUAUGGGAAGCCACCAUCGAGAACCAACCAGACUUCGACGAAAAAGCUGACGUAAUCAAAAACCAACAAAGCAUAACCGAGGAAUUUAUUGCUGCAGAAAGAUUGCAAGAAGAAAAGGACCAAGGGACAUCCCUGACUGAAUACGGUGACAUAACAUCAAUAGAAGAAGAUGAAUAUUCGCAAGUGGAGCAUAUUAUUAAGCGCCAAUCGGUUACAGACAUUGACAAAUAUGAGCAAUAUAGUACAGAUUACAAAAGUGAAUCGCAGUACUUACCUACAGAAGACGAAAUGUCCCAGCUAGAGAAAGACCCCACGAAAUCCGAACUAUCUGCCAUCAAAGAAAACAUAUCAGAAAAGCUCACAAAAGAAAUUCAUGACAAACUGAAUGAAAAACUAAAAGCUCAAGACAUUAUGAUAGAAAAAGCGGUUUCAGAAGAAGUGGAUGAUCAAACUCUCGAUGAGCUUAAAGACCUAAUGGUUGAAGAGGCACUUGAGGAGUUACACCAACAAAAACACUUCGAGCCAGAGACUAAACAAGAAACUCUCCCAGCAAAAGACGAAGACUUAAGCAUCGGCUUGAGAGAAGAAUCCGACUUUGGUUCGGAAAUUCAUCUGGAUCAGUCGGAAUCGAUUUCUGACCGAAUCAAAUCCGAGAGCCACAGCGAAAUUGAAAAGAUCAUUCUUGAUACCUUCCAACAUAUGAAAGUUGACCCGGUAGAAGCUAAGAAGAUCGCGUCCCAACUAAUCGAGGAAAUUGAAAAUGAAAUUCAGAAUCGCGGAGAGUUGACGCGGUCAGAGGCAAGUGAGGAGGUUCUGACCUUCAACCCGGAAAUGUCGAACUAUAUUAAACAGCUGGCCGAGUCGAAUGGUCUUGACGAAAGGGAGGUGGAGUUGGUCGAAUCUGUUUUGGCAAGAAGACAACGCGAGUUAGCUAAGUUGGCAAGAGGAGACACCCAAACCUCCAGCAUGGAGAUUACUGAUGAGGAUUUGCGUUACAGCGGUACUGAUAUAGCUGACUAUACACAUACCCUAGAGCAACAGAUGGGUCAACUAGAAGCUGAAAAAGUACACGAUCUUGCGUUGGAAUAUGACCUGGUUGAUCAUGAUUUUGAAGAGAAAGUUGAUACCUUUGAGCAAUUUGAUGAGGAACAUAAAACUGAAAAAGUAUUCUCAAAAGACACUGAGGUCUACGAGGAUUCCAAGGUGAAAACGAUCAAAAAAGAUAGCGUGGUAUCCCUUUUAGACUCGAUGAAAGGCGAGAAAAGCCAUUCUAAGUAUAAAAAUGUUAUCAUUGAAGAAGACGAGACCAUAUCAGAAUCCAGCGUUGAAGAACAUUCCAAAAUAAAAUCACACAUUGAUUCGCAAGUUAAUGAAGAACUUAUGACUAAGACAGAGGAUUUUGAAAUGAAGAGAAGCGCUAUAGGAAAUAUUGAGGCUGACAUGACUCUUAAGGAAGAUACUCAGACCGAGCACGUACAUAUUAAAACAGACACACUAGAAGAAACGCAAGCAAAAGAAGUCGCCGAUGCAACUAAAACCACUGAAGUAAAAGGAAAAUAUGAUGUUCAUCAAAUCACCAAAGAAAUAACCACAGACGGUGUAAAAGACGUCACUGAAAAGAAACAAAACGAGUACACAGAACUAGUGCAAAAAGAUGAAAAACUAUUAAAAGAAGAACACAGCAAAUCUGAAAAGCUUGAAGACGGCACGGAGGUCUUUACCACAACCACUAUAGAUAAAAAACACUUUGAAACAAAAAGUGAGCAUGUCACCACAGACAAGACCACUGAAAAAGUAGUAGUAACUUCUUCAAUCCAAUUGGAAGGAGCGGAGCUUUACAAGCUGCUUGACGAAGCGAAAGCGGAAGUGGACGCUAUAGUAACCAAAGCGGAGCAGGUUCAUCGCACAUCCAGCUCUGACUCAAAAUCAAGCAUAGAAUCAGGGAAAUCCCCUAUUUUCAAAGAGACUGUCAUUCUAAGAAAAACCAAAUCAGACAGCAGCAGCAGCAGCUCAAACCUGAAGCCCGACAGAAAAUCUGGCGUAGAGUUUGAAGCCUACUCGAGCUCUGGAGAAAGCCACUAUCAAAGCUUCGAGAUCGACAGCAGCAGAAGUCGACCAUGCAGUUCUGACGUAGAAGGAAUCAUUGCGGCAGCUUCUUCCGAAUAUGACACUGCUUUGACUUCUACACUAGAAUAUUCAGCUAAAUCCCACAUUACAUCCACAGACUACCAUACUGCUAUAAGCAGCUUAAGUUCUAAAGAAAGCAUGAAAAGCUUAGACAGUGAGAGCUCAGGCAACUUGGCCAGCAUUGAGAUAUCUGAACAUUCCGAGACCUUGGUGCCUUCAACGAGUGAUCUAGAUGGCGACAUCCUUGACUCAAUCGAUCAGCAGAUUCUUGAGGAUGCUGAACCGUCUUCUGGAUGGACAGGCCACGGUCAUCCUGAUAGGCAAGUUUCAGACCUUAUGGACUCAGAAAUUAUCAACGACUCCAUGGAUAUUUCUGAGGAAGAACAGAACGAAGACAAGGCUAUCGAUGGCUUUUCGAAAAUGAAGCGCUCAGCAGAAAUGACCUUCCAACCGGAGCCCAAGGUAUUAGCGCCCGAAUCGCCACAAGAAACCGAAGAAAAGUUUGGACAAAGCCUCGACGACGGCAGUAUUUUAAGUAUGAGUGUCUCGAGCACAUCAAGCGCAGGUCUCCAGAGGACUGUCAUCGAAGUGUCUGAACGUAUGAGUGUGUCGGGGGUAUCCGAACACUUAAGCAUGGAGGACAAUGAAAUGACUAUGCGGGGAAGUCAGGAAAGUUUGCCGCUGACGCCUACGCAGCUUAGAAGUUGCGACAUGGCAACUAGUACGCCACACAUGCCAAUAGAUUGGGCUAUAGAAAAUGUGACAAUAACAACAUCCUCUGUGAAGGAGGACGGCAUUUAUAGUGCGAGCACACAAAUCACUUCAGAAAUAAGUGAGAGUAAGAUCAUUUUGGAGGAGCCCCGUAAAAAGGGCCACAGGAGAACUGAGAGCACCAUGAUUGGGAUAUCGUUACCUCAGCACCCCGUUGAUUUAAAAAUUAAGGAGCUGUUAAAUGAUGAGAAGGAAGCAAAAGAAGUGGAUGAAUCAGAAAAGGAUGUAGAUGAAAAAGAAAGUGAUACAAUAUUUGAUAAUGAUGUGCUCGACAUUUCUCGGCCGCAGUCGGGCUUUAGUAGAUCUGACCGGCCUACGUCUACAGCCUUUUCAGACCAGACCGAAUCAGAAAUCGUAGAUUUAAUGAAGUCCGAUGUGACUGAAGCAACUGAUCCUAUUGAAAGACCAAAAACACCAGAGCCCCAGUUCGAAUCUUCCGACUUUAGCGUCGAUUUCGAGCAAGAAUUUUCUCCAAAAACUAAAGAAGUAGCCAUGGAACUCCAACGGAAACGCUCCACAUCCAGCAUAUCAGACAUUUCCAAAGAGAUCCUAGAAAAACGGGAUUCCCAUGGGAAAUCCAGCAGCACUUCUAGCGAAAAAUCGAGUUUCGAGGAGGCGGAAGCCGAGGCAGCAUUUAACAUGGUGGCGCAUAUCUCGCCAGCUCAUAAGAUCAAACAGAUUAUACCGAUCAUAGAAGAUGAAGAUGCUGAAAAACACGAGCUGGAAAUGCGCGAGAGGCAAAAGCGUGAACUAGAAGAAAAACGUGCCCAAAUGAGAGACAUUAGUCCCGGAUUUAUACCAGACAUCACCGUAACUGAUAUGACUCCCGAAUCUGAGCAUGAAAGCAUAUCAGAGAAAGAUGCUGUCCAAGCAAAUACUAGCGAUUCAUUUGAGCAAAUCGCCAAGGAAAGUAAGGAAGUUCAGGAGCAUAUAAAUAAGGAUCUGGAGAAGCAAACCGAAGUGCUGGAAAAGGAGUGUGAAGAAUCUUCCCCACAAGACCAUAUUGAAGAUGAUAUACUGACUUCAUCGAUGAUGCAAUCUACUUUAAUAGACUCAAUGGUCACAGAAUCGCUCACGAGUGACAUUGCUACAGUGAUCGAUGUGGCCGAAAAAGAUAUCGACUCCCAAAGUAGUGAUUCAUUCGAGAUGCUUGAGAAACCCGACAUAAUUGACGACUUCGUAGUGAUUGAAGAAGUAGGAAAAGAAGCGCACGAGUUUGACACCGAAGGCAAGAGCGUCAGAAUUGAAAUGAAAUCCAAAAACCUUAAAAAGCACGAUGAAGAAAUCGAAAAAUAUUUAGCGCACUCGGCACCCACCCCGCUCACAGGAAAUCAGACUUUAGAUGAGUUCGGUUUCGAGUUUGAGGACAGUCCUCCCCAACCAGACGGACGAGUUGCUUCCACAAAAGACUACGGUGAAAGCUACGACAAAGAAUUGGAAGCAAACAAGAAAUGGAUUGAACAGCAGUUCCAAGGUGACCAAGCAGCCAUGAUGGCCGCAGGCUAUGGCUACGAAAUGGAAUUUGAGCGCGGUCCUUUGGAAGAUAUUAAAGAGGAAGACAUUAAUAACUUCGCGUCCAGUUACGGUUCCCAAAGGGAGGGUGGUGGAAGCGUUAAGGACUCUUACUCGAGCACUCCCGACUAUGAUGUUUUAGCAGGUCGGAAAUAUUUCACCCGUUCCGGAGAACAGGAUGAUAUAUCCAUGAACAGCCUUCAAGAGUUUGAAAAGUUAGAGCAAGCCAUGUCAUUGGAAAUGCGAAAGUUUCAUCAAGGAAGUGAUUCGUCCAGUAGCGGAAGUUCCAGGACGCGCUUCCGUAAUGGAAAAAAUAACACCGGAGAUGAUAUCUCAGUGAGUUCGCUUAAGGAGUUUGAAGGUUUGGAGCAUGCUUGCAUACAAGCGCACAAAAUCGAGAUGAAAGUGAAAGAAGAGGAAGCGAUGCUCACGCAAAUUGAUGAAGGCCAAGAAAGCAUCGCUUCGGAGUCGGAAAGUUGCGAAACUGUUGGCACAGAAAAGAAAGCAGUUGAAGAAGACGAGGAAGACUAUGACAAACGCAUGUUUGAGAUCGACGAGAUCAUUAAGCAGGCACAAACUAACGUGGAACGAUUUGUCGAUUUUAGAGAGAUGGAAAAAACCGAGUCACUGGGGCGCGGCGAUUCAAUUGAAGAAGUCUCUAGGGUGCCCGAGUUAGAACUUGACGCACCUUUAGUAAAAUCAACCAUUAAAGUUCAGUGGAAAGAAAACGAGGAUGUCAUGGUUGCUUCUACUGACUCUUUGGAUUUUAAACAAGAAGAGGAUAGACGUGAUAGUGCUGACAGCCUAGAUGCACCACCAGUGGCAGAUGUAAUGACCGCGAGCACUGACUCCAUUGAGUUUCAAGCGCAAAAGGCCAAAGAGAAUAUUAUGACUGACUCAAUAGAAAUCCGAGAUGAAAAAAGUAAUAUGGUAUCAAGUGAUUCUCUUGAACUGGCUCAAGCAACCAGUUCAGGAUUUAACGUAAUCCAAACUGAUUCAAUUGAUGAGGAUGGAUCUAGGAUUGGAGGUCAUGACCAUAGUAGCGCCAGUACAGGAAAAGACUUGAGUUCGUCAGCAAGAGAAGAGAUGCUAGUGGAAGCGGACUUUAUUCGAGAUGAUCGGGACGACGUGAUGCUGCGUAGUAUCGAUAGUGUUGAUCCAACCAGCUCUACGGCGACUCACGCCACCAUGCAAUAUGAAACAGACUCAGUUUUUUCAGGUAGCUUUACUAGCGGUGGCUCAAACACCAUGGUUUCAUCAACCGACACCAUUGACCCCACCUACCAAAAAGAAAUGGUCGAUGUAGGAGCUGCCGUUCGCAAAGUAUGGUUUGAUGAUGAGUACAGCGGCAGACGCAUAACGGAAUAUGUGGAAAAAUCAUCGAAACCUUACAUUUCAGAGGUUGUAGAGCCCCUGGGUGAUGGUCAAUAUUCCCACGUGAUACAUCGGAAAGUAGAAAUGGCUCCGGAAGUGCGCAAGGUGACAUUCACGGGUCCGGACGCGGAUGAGCAAUUGAAAAAAUUUAUGCAGGAGUUUGAUGAGGGUCAGGACGUGGAGGAGACACAAGAGAUUGAUGAGUUUGGAAACGUGCACACUAGAAGGGUGGUAGAAAAGAGAUUCAUCGUAAAGGGUGAUGAUGAACAGCCGAUGACUAAGGAGGACAUCGAGAAAUAUUUUGAGGAAUUAAAUGAGCCUGAGGUGGUGCAGAGCCGCGGCGUUAUUAGCAGGACUUCGGCUGAAGCGGUUUAUACCCAAGAAGUAGCCGAUGGCAAGAGUAAAAUCACUAUUACAAAGAAAAUCGACGUCCCUUUAACCCAAAAAUUAACAGGAAAUGAACAGUCGACCAGUUCGCAGCAGCAAACGACAUCUCCGGCAAAAGCAGCCGCUUCCGCAGUAACCCGUAGAAGGCAGUUUCGCUAUGAAAUCAGCAUGGAAGACCAAACGGAGGUCAAUCUAAGGGAACACGAUUGGCGCUUUAACUUGCCACGAUAUGCCGAAACCGAAGAAACGCAAGAUAAAACUGAAAAAGACAAAUCAAAAAAAGUGGCAGAUCUACACCAACUCUCCGACGAAAUGAAGGAUCUACUUAAAGAGAUGGAGAAAGAAAGCAAACAAUAAACCUCUGACUUAUUUCGACCUCUAUUAGUGAUACAUAAUAUAUGAACGACGACGAAAAACCCAAUAUUAGCAUUUGCCUAUAUAUAGUGAAAUAUAGGAAAUUUUUUUUUUUAUAUAGGUACAUUACUAUUAUACGACUUUUGACGAAAUAAAUAUGUACAACACAGAAUCAAAUGCAAACCUACGUUCCCCCUAAUGACGCAAUACAUAUGGUAAAAGUAGUUUCAAUAAUAAAAUCGCUUGCCAGUAAUAAGUUACCAUAUUAAUUUUAAGGAGUACUGCUACCUUUAGCUUCUUAAUGUUAAGUUCAUAUUCAGAAGACAUUGUCCAAUUCGCGAAAUGUUGCUGUCCGAAUAAAAGUAAUUCCAUAUUUCAAACACUAUCUCUAUUGUUGGGGCUUUAAGAGUUCCACCACUUAUUUUAGAAAAAUUGGUAGCAUAUGUAGCCAAAGAUCUACACUCAAUGAGGAUUUAAUCGUGUAGAUCCUUAGCUAUAGCACAAGUUUACUUAUACAUAUACAAAUAUUGUCUUGUGCAAUUUUCCCUUUUAAUGUUUUUUUUUUUGUAUAGAAGCAAUUUAGAUAAGGUGUCGCGAGCGUUGUCGCCAUCGUAUGUACGAGUAUUGAAUUGCUUUUAACAAUAAUAAAUAAGGUUUUUAGAUAGGUAGUAAAGAAUUGGCGGCAGCGCUGGCGGACAGCCGUUAGGAAAAGAGUACUUAUUUUACUAAAAAAAGUAUUGUAAGAAGGACUCGGUUAUAUUUUUAACGCUUGCGUUUUCUGUUAAAGCUGUUAUUUUUUAUAUAAAUGGAUUUUACGUAAGUUAAGGUUACCUGAUAUUAUUUGUAUAAAAUGAAUUUUAGUUUUAAGUAUCAACCUUUAGUCAGUCAAUAGCUUUAAACAUUCGCCUGGGUUCAUUCUUAAUGCUGAUGCCUGCCAUUGAGAAUGGUUUAGUGGUUUUUACUAUUUUCGACAGUAUUUUGCAUAUAGUGGUUAAGAAAGAAUUCGAGGCGAAUAUGUUAUAUUAUUAAUUUAUUUAUUUAAGUCAAUGUGAAUUUGCGAUAUAUUUAAUCCAUGUAUCAAAAAUAAUUCAACGUCUAAAUAUAAAAGCUUUCAGUAUAUCA